CGCAGCCAGACAGCACCACGUGGGAACCUUGCUGACGCGCUCUCUUGGUUGCAGGGGGAGUAAUCGAUCGCCGAUUGGAGAUCUGAGUCGGUAGGUCGGUUCCAGGCAGUCCCGGAACAAAGAUGGGGGGCAAGAACAAACAGCGAACGAAGGGAAAUGUCCGGGUGAGUGACUCCCUAUAACACAGAGACGGGGCCCUGUGCUAACACGUGGGAACGGGGCUUCAAGCUGAUUGGGGCCACAGGGCUCUAUCCCAUAACAGGGGCCACAGGGCUCUAUCCCAUAACAGGGGCCACAGGGCUCUAUCCCAUAACAGGGGCCACAGGGCUCUAUCCCAUAACAGGGGCCACAGGGCUCUAUCCCAUAACAGGGGCCACAGGGCUCUAUCCCAUAACAGGGGCCACAGGGCUCUAUCCCCUAACAGGGGCCACAGGGCUCUAUCAUAAUAGGGGCCACAGGGUAUCCCAUAACAGGGUCACAGAGCCUAAUCAGGGGCCACAGGGCUCUAUCCCAUAGGGGCCACAGGGCUCUAUCCCCUAACAGGGGCCACAGGGCUGUAUCCCCUAACAGGGGCCACAGGGCUGUAUCCCCUAACAGGGGCCACAGGGCUGUAUCCCCUAACAGGGGCCACAGGGCUGUAUCCCCUAACAGGGGCCACAGGGCUGUAUCCCCUAAGAGGGGCCACAGGGCUGUAUCCCCUAAGAGGGGCCACAGGGCUGUAUCCCCUAAGAGGGGCCACAGGGCUGUAUCCCCUAACCACAGGGCUGUAUCCCCUAAGAGGGGCCACAGGGCUGUAUCCCCUAAGAGGGGCCACAGGGCUGUAUCCCCUAAGAGGGGCCACAGGGCUGUAUCCCCUAACAGGGGCCAGGGCUGUAUCCCCUACCAGGGCUGUAUCCCCUAAGAGGGGCCACAGGGCUGUAUCCCCUAAGAGGGGCCACAGGGCUGUAUCCCCUAAGAGGGGCCACAGGGCUGUAUCCCCUAAGAGGGGCCACAGGGCUGUAGCCACAGGGCUGUAACAGGGCUGCCACAGGGCUGUAGCCCCUAACAGGGGCCACAGGGCUGUAGCCCCUAACAGGGGCCACAGGGCUGUAUCCCCUAACAGGGGCCACAGGGCUUUAUCGCAAAAGAAGGGCCACAGGGCUCUAUCGCAUAACAAGCCUCGAUCACACAACUGGGGCCACAGGGCUCUAUCACAUAACAUAGACCACAGGACUCUAUCAUAUAUAGGUGCUGUCAUAUCAGGGGUCUAAAGCUACCCCAUAUUAACUGAAAUCACAAGGUUUCCUAAUGCUAACAGUGGCCUCAGGCUGACAGGGACCACAUGGCUCUGUCAUAAUAGGGGCUGCAGGGCUCUAUCACAUGACAGGGCACUAUCCCAUAACAGGGGCCACAGGGCUCUAUCACAUAAGAGGCCACAUGGCUGUAUAGCAUAACAGGGGCCACAUGGCUGUAUAGCAUAACGGGCCAUAGGGCUCUAUCACGUAGCUGGGGGCCACAGGGCUCUAUCACGUAGCUGGGGGCCACAGGGCUCUAUCACGUAGCUGGGGGCCACAGGGCUCUAUCACGUAGCUGGGGGCCACAGGGCUCUAUCACGUAGCUGGGGGCCACAGGGCUCUAUCACGUAGCUGGGGGCCACAGGGCUCUAUCACGUAACGGGGGCCACAGGGCUCUAUCACGUAACGGGGGCCACAGGGCUCUAUCACGUAACUGGGGCCACAGGGCUCUAUCACGUAACUGGGGCCUCAGGGCUCUAUCACAUAACAGGGGUCUAAAGCUUCCCACAUUAACUGACAUCACAAGAUUUCCUAAUGCUAACAGUGGCCCCAGGCCGACAGGGCUCUAUCAUAAUAGGGGCCGCAGGGCUCUAUCACAUGACAGGGCCCUAUCACAUAACGGGGGCCACAGGGCUCUAUCACGUAACUGGGGCCACAGGGCUCUAUCACAUAACAGGGGUCUAAAGCUACCCCACAUUAACUGACAUCACAAGGUUUCCUAAUGCUAACAGUGGCCCCAGGCUGACAGGGACCACAUGGCUCUAUCAUAAUAGGGGCCGCAGGGCUCUAUCACGUAACAGGGGCCACAGGGCUCUAUCACAUAACUGUGGUCUAAAGCUACCCCACAUCAACUUAAAUCACAAGGUGUCCUAAUGCUGGCACUGGCCCCCGGGCUAACAAUUUGCAUUUCCUGGCAUGUUUAAUAUUUACGCAUUAUAAAGCAUUCUGAGAGGAAGCUCUUUUGUUAGUUUGCAUUAUUUUUUUGAAGGAUUUCCACACAUCACAAACACCUUUAAUAAUAUUUGUCCUCUAAUUAGCUUUGCUACCUUUGCCAUAUUUUCCUGGAUAGCGGUAUGUUCGAGCACAGCCACCGUAUGUUCCCAGUUUGCACUCUGACACGUUGAAUUCCAAACUGUGAGGGAACGAUUACUGAGAUCUGCAUCAUCCAGUGGUGCAAACCUUACUCCCCCGCUAGACCAUCAGAGACACACGAUCCCCAAUAGACUACCAGGAAGAGCUAACACCUUCUGGACCACCAGGAGCAUGACCCCUUCAUUGGACCACAAUGGAUCAUAGCUCCCCCUUAUUUAAAGAAAGCCAAGCAGGAGGGUGCUACAUUGAGCACCACCACACACUUUAUAUACAGCUCAAAUUUGUCAGCUGAUUUUAUUGUAAAGUUAUCUGGAAGAUGGGUGUCAGAUGUUUGGAGAGGGGCGCAAUUUCAGUGCUUGCAAUAGGCGCUAUCUUCAGUAGAUACGCCUCUGCCUACAGGGUCAUUUGAGGCCAGCGGUAGGCACCCUUCAGCACUCCAGAUGUUGUGGAUUACAUCUCCCAUAAUGCACUUACAGCAAUACUACUGGCAAGCAUCAGGGGGGAUGUAGUCCACACAAUCAGUUUGCCAACCCCUGUUCUAGAUGUGACUCAUUGAUUCCCUCUGGCAGCAUAUAAAUUUGAUUGAAAUUUGUUAUGUACAAAGCCUAACUUGAAACAUCACCUUUUAUUGUUGGUGUAAGAAAGCACCACUAAAUUGACAGUUGUGUUGGAUCUAAUUCUAUACAGUUAUUGAUUCCCCUUUGGGUAUGAUUUACCCAAUCCAUCAAGUUUUCAAGGGUGUAUUUCACCACUACAUGAUAGUGAGCAGUGUGCAAAAGUGGUGCCAUGUAAUAAGUAAAAACCUACAUGCUGCAGAAGGUAAUCAGUCAGGUGAUCAAUCCCAAAAGAUCUGCCAAGUGAUUUAUCUCUGGCUAUGUGUAUGAUUGCUGCUGCAAAAUAGAAAAUAUGUGAAGGAGAUAAUUUAAUUGUUCAUAUUCUUUGACCUUUAGUAAUGUUUAAUGUAAAAUAUGAGCUAUAUUUUUUCCCUACAUUCUUUGCUGCCUUGCUUAUACCUGUUGAUGCACAUGUGAACUAUUUUGGUGUGUACCUUUGUUGCAGCCCUCAAGCAGCGGACAGGCAGCAGAGCUUCUUGCUAAGGAAAGUGGCACAGUGCCUGGUUUUAUUGGCUUUGGCUCAUCACAGAGUGAUCUUGGCUAUGUUCCUGCAAUCCAGGGGGCAGAAGAAGUCGAUAGCCUUGUCGAUGCCGAUUUUCGUAUGGUGCUUCGCAAACUCUCCAAGAGAGACGUUACUACAAAACUAAAAGUAAGGGUUCUUAUGGUUCUAUAUAGAAUGUAAUGUCGUAAGAUUAGACUAUAUGUGCUAACGUGAAUAAAUCAGCAGUGAAGAUACAUAUCUUAAGGAGUGCAGAGUUCUUCAUUUAUUUGUAUACAUUUGGGCCUUGACCAAGAACCCUGUACCAUUUAGCAUUCCAAUAGCAUUUUAUUUUAAUUAGUUAAAGACUAUUGCAAAUAAUAUUGCCUCUACCAUGUACUCUAAGUAACAUAUAAAAAAAGGCAAAGUUAAAAAAUAUCCGCUUUUAAUUUUUCUUCUACUCUGAUAAGGUUAUAAUUGCUUGCCUGUGUGUGUGUGUGUGUGUGUGCGCAUAUGUGUGUCUAUAUAUGUGUAUAUUAUUUAAUUUUUGUUUUCUGGCUUGUAGUUCACUGUUUUAAAUGUAAUAAUUCAGCACUUUUUAAUGAUAUAUCAGCUUGAGGGAAUAUGGACCUCGAUUUAGCUUACUUCGCUUUUCUUCUUUUUAAGAAUAUAUUGGUCAUACCUAGCCAUAAAAAAAAGUGCAUUAGAACAUUUAGUUCCUAAACAUUACUGACUACUGACACUACAAUUAUUUCUCAAUGCCAUUGUUAAAUUUGUUCGAUAGCUAGUUUGAUUUGUUUAUUUUAUUUAGUUUUAUUCCUACUAACUGUACCUGUCAAUACAACUUUACUACGACAUAGUGCACACAGUUAAUUCCUGAUUAUUUUUCAGGCCAUGCAAGAGUUUGGUGCAAUGUGCAAGGAGAGAGAGGUCACGACUGUUCGAGGUGUGCUUCCGUACUGGCCAAGGAACUAUUGCAAGAUCUCACUGGUAAUCAUGCUUUAUCAUACUGUUUUUUUUCCUCUCUGAGAUUACAACUAAUGUAAAUAUAAAGUAUUUUUAAAUAAGAAAAGCCAUGAUUUGUCUGUCCAUUUAGUUCCUUUGGGGUACAUUAAAGUAAUUUAGAAAAGUGACAGGGUUAAAGGGGCUCCAAUCACUAUAAUUACUCUUGACUAAUUGUAGUGGUUAUUGUGCUAGGGAUCACCCCCCCUAAAAUGUACCUUUUUAAAAGAUUUUUUUUUUUUAAAGUACCACUCCAGGAACAUUAACAUCAUUAUCGCAAUGACGUUGUUAUGAUGUAUGGCGGUCUUAUGCCUUUCUAAAACAUUCUCUCGAUGGGAGGCCAGUGAUAGGUUGAGAUUGUCAGCUGACAUUCUCAACCUAUCACAUAUCUGAAAUAAGAGAUGUGUACAGGCACUCUUCCAUCCAAAUAGGUGCUGGAUAUCUAGGUAGCCCACUCUUGAUACCUCAAAAAUAUAUACAUAUGAUACCGUACUCACAAUUGCUCAGAUACGUUUCUAUAGGUAUGUAUUACCACACUAAGUAAAUGCUUGAAAAAAAGCCAGAUUUUUAUUCAAUUUACCAUAUCAAAAUUGAAUAUUUACUUAAAACAAUGUAAUUUCUACAAUAGGUUAUAUACACCUCGUUCUACCGUAACCACUGUGGUUAUCUUUGAUACCCCUAACACAAAAUAAAUAUACCCCAAUAAAGUCCGACAAUGCCAGUAGUACUAGUGCCUGUUUGCACUGUUUAGUUGAGAACCCUCUAUACAAUCAGGAUCAGAUAUUCUUUCUGGCAGGGAGACCAAAUAUAUAUCCAUCUGGAAAAAAUGAAAAAAAUCUAAAUAAUGCUUGGAUAGAGCUCACCAAUAUUCUGGCUGAUAUCUGUACUGUAGAGGAUGAAGUAAUCAGAAGCUGUGGCUUAUCCAGGUCUGCAUGAGUAAAAAGACUCCUCUAUGUGCCUCUACAGGAUAAUGAUAUUUCCCAAUAGGAUCUUCCUGGUGUGUCCACCUGUAUCUGCUGCCCAAGAUAGGCGUCGGUGGGGUGCUCGGGCUGCGCGCUCGGGACCUGAUAGUCCCUUCAAUGGCCCUGUUGGGAAGAAAUGCAGUGUGUUUUUAUUUCCUAUUUGGCACACGAUUCCUUUUUUCAAGCAUUUACUUAGUGUGGUAAUACAUACCUAUAGAAAUGUAUCUGAGCAAUUGUGAGUGCGGUAUCAUAUGUUCAUGUAUAUCACAUAUCUGGACUGGAGGAGGAGGCAGAUGGGUUGAGAGGAUAAGCGAACUUUGGGUUUAAUAAUGGUUUGUCCUCAUAAGGUAAGAAGGCUCUCAGGACCUCCAGACACCAUAAUGACAUUGAGAUAAAGUUGUAAUGGUCUCUGCUGUGUGCUUUUAAUCUGUGAUGCUGAAGGUCCACAUGCUUCCCACUAAUGUCAAAUGGAGCCAUAAGGUUACUUGGACAGUGUGAGCAUGCUCCCUUGCUGGAGCUGUGUUGUUAACGAGCAUAGACACUGCACAAUAGUCUGUUUGGUAUCGUGCUGUGUGAGUGCUUGUCCACAGCACAGCUCCAGCAUUGAAAGAGAUUGCAGGGAACCCCCCCUCCUCCCCCCCCCCAGUGUUUUCUGAAUAACAAGAUAUUAAAGGAGUCAAAGUAGAGCGUGGGGAAGACAUUGCAUUGAUACGCAUCUGCAAACAAUUUUAUUUUAUGCUAUAAAUGAGUGGGAAAAAAAACUGUGAAAACACAUCCACAACAUUACCAUUCAUUUUAUUUACCAGGAUCAUGAUCGCAGAGUCCGAGAAGCCACUCAACAAGCUUUUGAGCAGCUGAUCUUGAAAGUGAAGAAAUAUCUGGCACCUCAUUUGAAAAGUCUUAUGGGUUACUGGCUCCUUGCUCAGUGUGACACAUACUCACCUGCCGCUAGCGCAGCCAAAGUGGCCUUCGAAGCCGCGUUCCCUCCACACAAGCAACCCGAAGCCUUGGCUUUCUGCAAAGAAGAAAUUUUGAAUGUAAGUAAUAUGUAAAUGAAGAUUGGGUUUCCCACUACAAUAUGUAUGUCCUGCAGACCUAAUGCAACAUUUAAUAAAAUACUGAUAAAACAGUAAGGGUACUGAACCAUUUCUCUGAUGUCUGCUUUAGGUAGUGAGUACAAGUGUAGCAGACCCCCUUGGUGACCCGACUGGUUACCUCUGCUAAUUCCUUCCUUAGCCGUUCAGGAACCCUUACAACAAGCAGGCAUCCAUCCCCGGAACUGGGCGACACACAGCUCUGGAGGUACAACUCUGACUGACUCUUUAUUUCUUCACAAAAGGCUUUACAUGCACAGACCCCUACAUGGGGUCUCUAACACAAAACAACAGGGGUUUCAAUCUUAAUAAGCUGAUGGGAGAGGGAUGGAAGAGGGACACAGCAGCCCCUGCAACCUGAGCUGGCAGUGUCCCUGUGUCCACGUCCUGCUGUGACAGGAAAAGGGAGGAGGAGAGAUACAGGCAGACCAUACAUUCUCGAGGGGGAGAGGCACAGAGCAAUCCAUUUCACUUAACUCUACUCUACAGAGCUGUUGCCCCCCCUUUGUUGACCCACAGCUGCAUAUACAGACACAUGUAAGACAGUCACAAAAAUGACGCCGCAAGCUUGUGGCCCGCGCCAAAUAAAUCAGGUCAGCCAUCACUCCCUAUCUCUCCCCAUAGAAUAAGACCGCGGGCACAUGAGGAUAUGGCACUCCGUGACUGCGUUCCGUCACACAUCUCCCCCUUGUCCACCUCCGGCAGCCGCAGCAUGACUCACAAGGGUCAGCUUGAUGCUGCCAGGAGGGGACACAUAGUCCAUUUGUGCCAUGCCCACAACAGUACUUGUCCCCGGCCAGCCCCUACAGUCCUGGUGUCGGGCCGGUGUUGCACUCUGCACCCUCCUGGGUACAGGGUGACUUAAACAUAAAGUGCCUUUAGCCCGGGAGGCCAUCCAUCCAAGGCUCCAGUACACAGAGGUCUCUGAGCCUGUAAAACCCCCCACCCAAGCUAAUGUGAUACCCCGACUCUCGGAGCCGGUAGCAACCCCCACCCAAACAAAUGUGCCCCCCCGGCUCUUCCAUCAACUGGGUCUCUUAGGUUUCUCCGACUAGCCGAGGAUGAGUUGUCUGCUGGAUCUGUCGCGGCUCUGUUUCCCGGGGAUCGUUGGGGUUGUGGCUGCCCUCUGUGGAGGGGAGCUGGCUGGGCUCUCCCCCUGGGAGGCACCUGUCCCACUAAUUGCUGGGUAGUGGGACAGGUGCCACCCGCGCUGGUGCCAUCUCUUCCUAUGUGCCCUCGGCCCAGAGACCCGCGCCUCGGCUCCUACUCUCUUUUAGGGCCCUGCACGGCUGCCAGGGCUCUGCCUAGGCCCCAAGGGUGGGCAAAGGCUAUCUGCCCUCGGCUCGGAGGCCUGCGCCUCCAUCCUUAUUCGAUUCUGGGGAAGAGGAGAGCAGAGACUGGCUGUGCUCUGCUCGAAAGCAGAUGCAUCCUUAAGGGAAGGGGUAGCGGCGGCCGUAGUUUCGCCUGCUCCCCACUAACCAGACGAUAGCAGGUCGGUGGGGUCAGCCUACGGAAGCGUCGGAGGAACCAACUCUUCCACCUGCUGGGUGCUCGUGGCGACCGACGUCUCAGCCAUUACACUCGCGGUACCAGUGGUUAUCCCUCCCGAUAACUCACUGCCGCUGGGGUACGAGACCGGUUGUCUCCGUUCCCUGGUCCUCACUCUGCCGCUGGGGAGGAAGGAUGGAACGCUUCUCUCCCUGGACCUCACACUACUGCUGGGGAACGAGACCGGUUAUCUCUGUUUCCUAAACUUCAUGCUGCCGCUGGGGAGGAAGGAGAGAACGAUUCUCCCCCUGGACCUCACACUGCCGCUGGGGAACGAGACUGGUUGUCUCCGUUCCCUGGACUUCACACUGUCGCUAGGGAACAAAAUCGAUUGUCUACAUUCCCAUGAACUCACACUGCCGCUGGAGAGGAAGGACGGAACACUUCUCUCCCUGAGACUCACGCUGGGGAACGGGACUGGUUGUCUCCGUUCCCAUGAACUCACACUGACGCUGGAGAGAAAGGACGGAACACUUCUCUCCAAGGGACUCACACUGCUGCUGGGGAGGAAGGACGGAACACUUCUCCCCCUGUGCCCGCCUAUCUGCUUGGCGCUGCAGGUACUCGGCCACUAGUUUCCUCAUGUGCUGUACGUAUUUCUCGGCGGGGGGGAAUUCUUAAAAUUCAUUAUGGACACUUCAUUGUCCGGUAAUCUCCUUAUCUCACUACUUAGAACCAAAGGUUUUCUCACUUACCUAAAGGGUUAAUUUGAGGUUCAUGAGUCACUCCUUCACAUUAACUAUUAUCCUUCAAUCUAUUUCUAUCAGAUAACAGCACUAAUUCCGAACAGAUAAUGGCGCUAUAAUGCCAUCCAGCAACGCUGGCAAUGCUAAUAUAGAUAAGGAUAAUCAGCCUGUCUCUCUUUUUCCUGAUUACCAUAUUAUGUAGUUAUAUCUUCUAGGAUUAUUGUAUUUCCUACUGUCACUCAAUUUAUCAAAUACUUAAGUAUUCCUCAAGUCUAAUUCAACAUGACUAGUAAAUGAUUUUUUCCAAAAUAAUCCAAUAAAAUUGAUUCUUCAAUAAGUAUGUACAUUUGACUGUCCGGUUAAUGUUCCAUCCCAUACAAAGCUUCUACCGUAUUUAAAGUUUAAUCUAGUGGUUCAAUACUUCUAGACUGAUCAUGCAUUAUCCAAAUAUUUCUCCCUAUAAUUUUGGCGACAUAGUAUUACGUUGUAGCGUUCACCUCUGUGGAGUAUCAAAAGACCUAGAUAAUCAGCUUGUUUUACUUUAUUUCUAUUUCUAUUCUCUUGAUUAUUCAAUGACUUUAUGCAGUAUCACUACAUCCCAGUUAGUCAUUUAAUUUACCCUAUGGUUUCUUCUCACACUGUAUAGGGUUAACUAUAACAUCAUUAGUAACUAAUGUGAUUGACCAAUCACCAUAAUGGGCGCGUUAUUUAAACCUCCACGUACCUGGGAUACGGUUCCUCCUUGAAGAGCCACCUUACUGGCGAAACGCACGCCAGGGCUCAGCUGAACUGCUCAUCCUUAGCUUUAAACUAUUCCUCUUCGACUCCUACCUUGUCCACAUACUUACCUUGGAUUUGUUGACAAUAUUUCUUUUUGUGGGGUUAGGCAGUCUUGAGUUCAGAGGUUAUGCUAGAGUUAUGUUGAGACAGUGCAUCUUAGUUAUUGGUAUUUUUGUUAACUCUUAGCUCAGUUUAGAAUUAGGUGCCCUUGAAGGCACAGUUGUAGGGUUAUGGCCAAACGAUUAGUAAUUGCCAUAUAUUUAUGUAAAACUUCUAGUAUUAAGCAAUUAACCAUUAGACAGAUUGGGACUUCAUUGCAUGACACUUACUGAUCAGAACAAGUGAUUUUCUCUUGCUAACCCUCAUAAUUCUAAGCUGUAACACUUUAAGUGUAUACUACAGGUCUUAUGCUAUAACUAUAUGCACUACUUUUCUUUAUUUAAUUUGCCAUUAGAGGUUUGAGAUAGGAAUUCACUACAAGUUCAGUUUCACUGAACUAGACAUUUAGGUGAUCUCCCCCUUCUCCCUCUAUGAUCUAAAUCUUUGCAACUAAAGAGAUCUUUACCUUUCCUAUAACUGCUACUAUCACAUUAGAUACUUUCAGAUAGUUACCUUUUUGGAGUCAUUACUUCAUGAUUAAAGGACUACUAUAGUGCCAGGAAAACAUACUCGUUAUAGUGCCCCCACCCUCAGGGUCCCCAUCCUGCCGGGCUCUGGGGAGAGGAAGGGGUUAAACACUUACCUUUCUCCAGCGCCGGGCGGGGAGCUUUCCUCCUCCUCUCCUCCUUCCUAGCGACGUCAUCGGCUGAAUGCACAUGCGCGGCAGGAGCCGCGCAUGCGCAUUCAGCCAGUUCAUAGGAAAGCAUUUACAAUGCUAUCCUAUGGACGCUGGCAUCUUUUCACUGUGAUUUUUCACAGUGAGAAGCACGCAAGCGCCUCUAGCGGCUGUCAAUGAGAGCCUCUAGAGGCUGGAUUAACCCUCAGUGUAAACAUAGCAGUUUCUCUGAAACUGAUAUUUUUAUAAAAAAAAUAAAAUAAAAAAAAAGGGUUAACCCUAGCUGGACCAGGCACCCAGACCACUUCAUUAAGCUGAAGUGGUCUGGGUGCCUAUAGUGGUCCUUUUAAGUAUCUUUUUGUUAAAGUAGCUCAGUGAAAGGUAUGAGAAAGGUGUUUGUAUAUAUCGUUAUCCCUUGCAUAUAUUUGUCACGAUAUAGCCUAUGGCAUUGGUUCUCAUGUUGUGGUAUGGGUACUUCUAGGGUACUCCUGCUGUGGAUCUAAUGUGCUAUUUACAUGGUAUGGAUACUCCUAGGGUACUCCUGCUGUGGAUCUAAUGUGCUAUUCACAUGGUAUGGGUACUCCUAGGGUACUCCUGCUGUGGAUCUAAUGUACUAUUCACAUGGUAUGGGUACUCCUAGGGUACUCCUGCUGUGGAUCUAAUGUGCUAUUCACAUGGUAUGGGUACUCCUAGGGUACUCCUGCUGUGGAUCUAAUGUGCUAUUCACAUGGUAUGGGUACUCCUAGGGUACCCCUGCUGGGGUAUAUUUACAUGGGAUGUGUAUUCUUAAGGUACUCCUGCUGGGGCAUAUUUACAUGGUAUGUGUACUCCUAGGGUACUCCUGCUGGGGCCUAAUGUGCUAUUUACAUGAUAUGGGUACUCCUAGGGUACUCCUGCUGUGGGCCUAUUGUGCUAUUUCCAUGGUAUGGGUACUUCUAGGGUACUCCUGCUGUGGGUCUAUUGUGCUAUUUCCAUGGUAUGGGUACUCCUAGGGAACUUCUGCUGGGGCAUAUUGUGCUAUUUACAUGGUAUGGGUACUCCUAGGGUACUUCUGUUGGGGCCUAAUGUGCUAUUUACAUGUUAUGGGUACUCCUAGGGUACUCCUGCUGGGCCUAAUGUGCUAUUCACAGGGCAGACUUUCUUUUCCUUUCUGUAAGGUUUUCCUGCAGCUGUUUUACCUGAUAUCAGGGGUGGCUCGGUAAUAUUGUAACCACAAUAUUCUUUCUGGGAACUGCCAUCAUUAACUCAUUUACACAUCUGUUAAUAUCAUUAGAAAAAUACUUUAGCUGUUAAAAAUGAAAACGUAGACUUUUGUUGGCACAAAGCCUCUCUCAUUGAAACUCCUAAUUACAUGAGGUUGUGAUCCCAACAUCUGCUACGGUUUAGCAAUUUAUACCUUAUGUACCUUAACCCUUUAGACGAAAGAAACUUUGCGUAUCUAAAAUAUUAUAAAAAAGUGCGAGUUUGUAGUGUCUGUAUUUGUUUUUGUUUCCUUAUGGGUAAAAUGCAACAUUAAUGACAGAAAUUUUGGAUUUUUUCCCCCUGAAAUUAGAUAGUCCAAAGGUGCAUACUAUAUAACACAUUGUACUAGCAAUUGGCACUAUUUGGGCUUUGUAGGUAUGCACGAGAAGUUCUUCUCGAUGAGCUCUUGUUGUUUGACCUGUCAGGUACACAGUAUGGAGUGUUAUGGAACAGCUUGAGAAUUUCUUCAUUCACCAUGGUAUUAUCCUCCUUUGUCUGUGCGAUCUAAUGAUAUUUUUUGACUGUAUUUUCCCUUUUGUUGCUCGCCAUGUGGAUAUUAGCAAAGACACUGUUAUGACAUGUUCCUCGAAUUGACUUGGCUGGACAAAGUAUGACAUGGUUUAAUGCUCUAACCAUUUUAUCCAUAUUGAUCUUAUGUUAUGCAGACUGCUAGCAAAUCUAUUUAGAAUUUAAUCAUGCUUCCCGACACACUGAUCUUUUAUGCCAAACUAUAGUUCCCGUGUGGCAGUCCCUUGUGGGGUACAAGCAUGAGCAGAGGCGUAGUUUUACCCAAACCUACAUAUGCAAUCUUCUAGACCAGGCAUAGGCAGCCUUCGGCACUCUAGAUGUUUUGGACUACAUCUCUCAUGAUGCUUUUCCAGCAUUAUGGGUGCAAGAGCAUUAUGGGGGAUGAAGUCCACAACAUCUGGUGUGCCGAAGGUUGCCUAUCCAUGUUCUAGACAUUUAUUUAGCCUAGUGGCCACAUAUGGUACUGCUGGCACAAAGUAACUAAAGCUUGCAAACCAAUUUCUUCAAAAUUAUGGUAGAACAGACAGCCCAUACCUACUUGCUGUACUUGGUACCCGGUCCCUGUUUCAAUUCGUGCUGCACCACUGUACAAUGCCUUGGCAUGGUGCUGUUUUUUUAUGACUCAAAUGUAAGAAUUUGUUAGUCUUUGGUAUUUGAUAUGUUGAAUUAAUAUUGAAUUUAGAAUUAAAGGGACACUAUAGUCACCAGAACAACUAGAGCUUAUUGAAUUUGUUCUGGUGAGUAGAAUCAUUCCCUUCAGGCUUUUUGCUGUAAACACUGUCUUUUCAAAGAAAAUGCAGUGUUUACAUUACGGCCUAGUGAUAACUUCACUGGCCACUCCUCAGAUGGCUGUUAGAGAUCCUUCCUGGGUCAUGGCUGCCUAAUAUGCAUCCAAACAUUCAGUAUCUCCUCCCUCUGCAUGCAGACUGAACUUUCCUCAUAGGGAUACAUUGAUUCAAUUCAUCUCUAUGGGGAGAUGCUGAUUGGCCAGGGCUGUGUUUAAAUCAUGCUGGCUCUGCCCCUGAUCUGCCUCCUUGUCAGUCUCAGCCUAUCCUAUGGGAAGCACUGUGAUUGGAUCAGGCCACCACUUCUGAUGAUGUCAGCAGACUGCUUGUUUGUUUUUUUAGGCAAACAGCAUGCAGAGUUACAGCUUCAGGCUUGAAUACAGUAAGAUGUUGCUAUAUUUAUGGAGGCAUGAGGGGCCCAGGGGGGCUAGAUGGUGGUGUUAACACUAUAGGGUCAGGAAUACAUGUUUGUGUUCCUGACCCUAUAGUGAUCCUUUAAAAAAAUAAUCAUUUUACAUGCUAUGAAUUAAAAUAAUUUUUUACAAUAUUUUAUACAAUUAUUUAAUUAGCUGUGUUACUGUUUUCAGGUUUUGCUGGAUCACUUGUUGAAAGAAACUCCCGACACACUGAGCGAUCCCCAGUAAGUGAUGCAUUCCGGAUUCUCUGUAUGUAGUUUGUGCAGUAAAUCUAGAUCCUGGCGUGUUCUUGUUUGGAAAUGUAUGCAAUUUAUCUUUAUUAAUACAUGAGGUCUCAAAAAAACAGUUUAUAUUGUUUAUCAUGAUCAAAUUGAAGUGAAUUCAAAAUCAGAUUAAUAAAACAAGGUUAAAAUGAUUUGAUUUGGAAAAAAAGAUCUCUAAUUCCGCUACAUGUACGUAAAUGUAGAAAAUUGGCCUCCAAACGCAGAUCGAAUUUUGGUGCCGGUGCUUGACCAGACCUCAAUAGAUGAAUAAAUGAAGAAAAUCCUCAGCACACAGCAGUGAUUUGUGGUUUAUUGAGCUCAAAAAAAUAAAAGGCAACGUUUCAACACAUUUAUGGCUUGACAAAUACAGAACUAAAGACAUUGUAUGUCAUAUGUAUGUUUCUGUGGAUUACAUGGAAGGAAAGCCUAUGUUUAAUUGCUGUAUUCAAAUCUCUCCCAGGACUGUGCCACCUGAAGAACGGGAGUCCAAAUACUAUCGAGUUGUUACUUGCUCUUUAUUGGCAUUGAAGAGGCUUCUCUGUAUGCUGCCAAGCAGCGAGACUGGCUCCCUGUCUGAGAGACUGGCACAUCUACUGUCACAGGGCAAGUUCUGGAAGUUCAGCAAGCAUACAACUCCAACUGUGAGUUCCUUUUAUUGAUCAUUUUAUGCAGUAAUUAUUAAAUAUGUAUUAAAACUUAAAGGACCACUCUAUGCACCCAGACCACUUCAGCUUAAUUAAGUGGUCUGGGUGCCAGGUCCAGCUAGGGUUAACCCAUUAUUUUAUAAACAUAGCAGUUUCAGAGAAACUGCUAUGUUUAUGAAUGGGUUUAGCCUUCCCCCAAAGCCUCUAGCGGCUGUCUCAUUAACAGCCGCUAGAGGCGCUUGCGUGCUUCUCACUGUGAUUUUCACAGUGAGAGCACGCCAGCGUCCAUAGGAAAGCAUUGUAAAUGCUUUUCUAUGCGACCGGCUAAAUGCGCGCGCAGCUCUUGCUGCGCGUGCGCAUUCAGCCGACGGGGAGGAACGGAGGAGGAGAGCUCCCCGCCCAGCGCUGGAAAAAGUUACGUUUUAACAGUUUUCCCCUUUCCAGAGCCAGGUGGGAGGGGGACCCUGAGGGUGGGGGCACCCUCAGGGCACUAUAGUGCCAGGAAAACAAGUAUGUUUUCCUGGCACUAUAGUGGUUCUUUAAGGCAGACAUGUCACCUCAUCAAAACUAUGAAUCUUGAUGCAAACUUCCAUAAAUUGCAAUCAAAGGUAAAAUACGAGCUGUUUUGUCUUAGUUAAACAUCAGAUUUUAAACAAUUUAACAAAAAAGGAAGUAAUGAGCUUUUCCUUCCUGUUGCUUGCCGCUUUCCAUAAGCCAUGAGAUAUGCGAUAGAUGCUUAUAAUAUCUAUGAGCAAUCCUGUUAGGUGUCAAAGAUGUUGUGGCUACUGAUAGCUUUAACUGAGACGAGCUGAAGAGAGGAAAAUGGUGGAACCAGGAGGGAGAAUUUCAGGUAAGUAUAUCGCCCUUUUUCUUCUCAAUCCAAUCUCCACGAUGCAGUGAAUGUGUCCACUGGAGAGGUGGGGACAGUGCUGCUUUAAUACAUAUUUUAUAUACAUAUCGCAUACAUUUUAAUAACAGAUUCUUAUCAGCUCCCUUGACAUCCCACUUUUCCGUGCUAGCUGAGUUGGUUACUUGACACUCAUUUAUCAUUUGUUAAAAGGAACACAUAACCACUAAGGUGUUCCAUACUGGUUAUGGUGCGAGGAGUUCCCUCGUGUCCCCUACCUCCAUUGUUAGUAGUGAAACCAUUGUAGAACAAGGACCUGUGGUUUGCCAGUUACUGCUCUCCACCUCUCCUCGCUCCUCUCUGCAGCCUUUGAGCUCAUCCCUGCACUGCCUCUUGCUCUCUAAAGGCCAUAAUGGAGGUGGGGAGUUGUGCCUGGCACACCACAGGUUAGAAGUUGUCAAAAUUUCCAAAAACGUAUUGACUGACUAUUUUGGUGGGGUGUUCACACAUGCAUCACUCAAAAGACCACAGACCCACACUGAGGUAAAAUUAUUGGGAGUUUAGUUUAGUCCGUUUAAUAAAGGUCACUAAACUAUGUAAUAAGAUAGCACAAACUCUCCACUCCAUUUAUUGAUUAGCUAGCAAAAUGCAUUGUGACCAAGUUUAUUGCUCCAUUUGACAUCACCCAUAAAGGUGACUGGUGAGAUGUUUAAUGAUUUACUAAAAGUGUAAGUGCAUGUCUCAAGUAGAUACCUGUCAGCAGCAUUCCAUUUCACACAAAAGGAAGAAGGCCCUGGAAUAUACAUGUAAAAAAUGUGUUCAGGAAGUACAACUUGCUUGUAUUUUUCUUUUUUCUGCUUAUGAAGAAAACACACACUUUUUUCACUUUUCAUUCCAUUACUAAAAGUGGCUAGAAACAUUUGAAACGAUUGCCAUACUUUAUUCCCAAUUGCAUUUUAGAAAAGGCAAAUAAUAUAUAAAGCUAAUCUGUAUAUACGACUAUAUGACCUUGUUUACUGACUUUAACAUAUCCUAAAUACAAGUUCAAAUGUUUAGAUAACGUUUUCUCUCGACCUGUGUGAUUCAAUGAAAUGUAUCAGGAGUGAAUCAAUAAAAGGCGUUCCAAAUAUUUGCUAAUCUCCUUUCAUAAAAUUAAUACUUGGCAUCUCCUUUAUUUAAUAUGCCUAGUAAGGCAUCAAUAGUACCCUUUUUAAAAAAAAAUGUUUUAUAUAUCUUAGUUUAUUUUUCUUUUGAACAUGUUUUCCUUUUAGCCAGUCCCUGACUAUGGUUGUCGAAAUCUUGAUUAGAAACAAAUAAUUGCAGUUUAAGAUAAUGGUGGAUAUAAAAAAAAUAAAUACAGUACAAACUAUACUAUUAAUGCAAGCGGUUAAGUCCCCACAAUGGGCAUUUAACCCACAUGGUUUUCUUUUUGUUCAUAGUUAAUUUUUUUAUUUGAAGAUAUGUUCAAGUACUUGCAGUAAAUACUAUGAGAUCGUUGUUUGCUUCCAAUUUGUUCCUGGCUGGAUUUGGCAGAGUUAUGUUCCUAUCCCUUUUCAGCAGAUAGGAGUUUCUCAUUAUAUGAUAAACUGUGUUACUGUUCCAUUUUAUUACAUCUUUUUAAUUCUUUUUUUUUGCCAAUACUGUUAUUGUGGCUUAUUGAUUUUUGCAUACAAGUCAGUGAUGUGUUUUUUUUUGUUUUUUUUUACACAGUGGAUCAGAAACACUUCUUCUGAGUUCUCAAUCCCUAGUUGCCGUUUUUGGAGUCCUUUCUGUGGACCGUUGGGUCUGUGGAAAGCAAUUUCCUACUCUAGAACCAUGUGUUCUUUAGGCAUGACAUCAUAUGUUCUAAACCACAUGUGAAAGCAUCAUGACAAGCAUUCUGUUCUUUUUGUUUUUUUUGUCAGGCAAGCCCUUCAAUCAGCAGUUAACUUUGAAAGCUCAAAUGGAUGCAGUUAUUUGAUGUUUGUAGUCGUCCCAAUGUAUUUACUGCUUGUUUGCAAUCCAGAUGUUAUGUAUUGUCGGGAAAAGAUAAUUUUCUGUAAUUUUCUUUAGUUUAUGGUCUAUUUAUGAAGCUGUUCAAAAGUAACGUCCAACCAUCUGGAAAUUCAGUAAAUAGCCACGUAACCAUUAAAUUCACUUAUUAUUUUUUAAUAAUUACCGUUUGUAUUUUCAGAGCUAGUUAAAGACGAACUAAGAAAUAAGAACAAUUUCUAUUUUUAUUACAUAUAAAAAAACAAAACAAAAAAAACAAACAUGGGAAGAAUAUUCUGGUAUAAUACAAUUGCGUCAUUGCGCAUGAAUUGCGAAUUUCCAAAUUUUUGCUGAAAUUCUCGGUCUGUUAUGUGAAGUGUAGGAGUCCAGCUCUUGGAAAUCUUCUGCAGACAGACCCCCUCCCCCCGUGGGUCGUGAAUGUCUACAUUUGGCCAUCUAACCUGACAUUGUGCCUCAAAUAAACCUUACAAUAUCUGUAACAUUAUGGUGCUAAAGCUAUUUUUUGUGCUGUUUAAAGAAUACCCUUAUUGAAUACAUUAACACCUUUUUUUUGCCAUAGAUCCGAUCUGCUUUCUUUGAACUGAUGUCCUGUCUGUGCCAGCAUCUGCCCACUGUUUUAAUUACUGAGGCUUCCCGCGUAUGCACUUCAGUACUCCUCAGUAUCGAUGACAGUGAUGCUGUGGUGUGUCCUGCCCUCUGGGAGGCUGUCCUUUACACCGUAACCACCAUUGAGGUAUGCUUGUAUAUUAUAUAGGUUGUAUUUUGAAUGACAGAGGAAUUGUUACUUUGGUGCUGAAGGCACAUGCUAAGAGCUAACUAGAAAUGUAGAUAUGUUGUAUUUUAACAUUUUUUUUUUUUUUGGUGCAUAGAACAAAUUUGGAACUACUUCUUAUUAUGAAAUUGCUAAAUAUGUGGGGAAGAGAAUUGUUAAUCUGCCUUAGUCAGCACAUCUUCUCAUUUCCAUCAGACUUCUUGUGUGAUGCCCUAUAAAUGUAGAUAUAUAAGCCAUGGCGCGUACAUAGAAUCGAUUUGAAGAUCUUCGGUCUUGUGAAAUCUUCCAUAAACACCCAUUAAAUACUGUCACACACGAUUUUGUAAAUUACGAAUACAAGCUUCUCACAGGUGACGCCACCAUGAGGAAAGCAGUAUUAAGUAUUUCCCACCCCCCUUCACCUGGUGAUGCUGUAGAAGAUGACGUGUUGCCCAAAAAAUAUGAAGACCUCACAAGACUAAAAAAAAAACAAGUUUCUUCUGGUUUACAUUUAAAAUGUUUGUCUGUUCUUGCGAGACUGUUGUUGGUAAUAACCACUAAAGGUCUGAAUUGUCAAAAGAACUAAUUAGAGGCUUAAACAUUUUGAAAAUAAAAUGACAUUGAUAGGUCACUAUACAAGCAGAUUGGGCAAUAUAACCGCAAAUAAGUGCAUUCUGCUAACUAACCAAAUAGACUUGAAAACCCCCAAAAAAGCUGAGAGAGCUAGUAUUUGUCAUUUGAAGAAAAAAAAAAAGCAAAGAUCAAAGAAAUUCUGAAAUGGAAUAUUUAUUACAACUGUAAAAGGAUAAUUAAAGACGGCACCAGAUGAUUCCCGCAAGAGGCCUUCCCUCUUCCAGUUAUCAAAUUAUUAACAUUGUUAAGGUAUUAUAGAAUUAAAAAAAACCUCUAGAUCUCUAGAGUGGAGAUGUUAUCAACAUUCUAGGACACAAUGUACCCAAUUAUCACAAGGAACCAGUACGCAUAAAUAAACAGCAGACCCAUAAAUAUAAAGAGACAUGAACUUGUGUCCCUGCUGGGGUAAACAUUAAGACAGUGAUACAUUUUAAACAAGUAAUACUGUUCAUUGAAUGUAUUUAUUUAUAGAAAGUGUCACGGGUGUAUUGUAUAUCUUGAUAGUCAAUUAUUCUACAUGUUAAGCAUCUGUUAAAGGGGCUUAAUUUUCUGAGCAUUGGUAGAAUAUGCUGUCGUUUCCUGCUUAAAUGAACUGUACAAGCAAGAUCUCAAGUAAACCUUAUAUUUUUUUUUUUAAAGUCUUCUUUCCAGCAUUUAGGUCAAGACUAAAGUUAACUGAAUAUGGUGUAUAACAAUUAUAGAUUAUUAAAGUGAAUAGAUGUAAUGAAGGGCUGCAUCACAAAAGAAUGAGCGACUUAUAAAUGGACAUAAAGUAUAAACCAAAAACUGAUAUGUGAGCGCUCCAAAUAGAUGUCACCACCAAUCUUAAUCUGCACUCCAGCAGUAAGCGUAAAAAGCAAAUACUAUCGUAUAUGAUACAGUGAAAAUACCAUAAAUCAGUGAUUAUAUGAGAACCACCUGAUCUAUUAUCACAUAAUAAUGAAUGUCAUCAAAUAUUCUCCAACUACAAUAUACCAUAUAUAAAAAUAGGCUUUUAUAAAACCUAUAGAAUAUUAUUAAAAUAGGGUUAAAAGUGUGCAUCAAAGGUAUAUCAUAAAUAGACAGAAUUCAUAAGAUAAUGUGCAGUCACAAUGAAACAUAAAAGUAAUAAAUAUGACACAUGUAAAUAGACACAAAGUAUCUGGACAAGGGUUUAUAGGACAGUGUGGAGCCCCUACACUGAUCGUAGUCCGUGGCCCAAUUUGAUGAUAUUCAUUAUUAUAGGAUAAUAGUUUAAGUGCAGAUUAAGAUUGGUGGUGACAUCUAUUUGGAGCGCUCACUUCAGUUUUUGGUUUAUACUCCUAGCAAUUAAAAUGGUCAGAGAUAGACACUUAGCAUUUUAGAGGGUUUGGCUGGUUGGAACACCAGGUGAGGAGCUUAUCGAAGACCCUUACAUGUAACUCAAAAUGUAAAUUAGAACAGAGUUUUUUACUUGUGCAGUCAUGUACAAAAACAUGUAUUUUAAAGACUUGAAUUUCUUUUUGUUUUAUAAUAUUUAUUGAAAGUUGUAAUAUGAAUGUAUCAAGUACAAAUCUGACAAGCUGAGAUAAAAGUCGUCUUCUAGAACGAGGCGUCCAAAAUGAACUUUACAGAGCCAGUAAUAACAAUGAGCAUUCAACAAUUCCAAAAGGCAUAUUAUUUUUAAGUUCUGUUUCUGAGCCCAUUUAUAUAAUACACACCAAAAACAAUGGGGUUUGGGUCAGAGAUUAAGGAUUAUCCUUCUUAAACCGGCAGCAGUUUAAAAUUCACUACAACUCACAGUUUAUUGAAUAAUUCCCUGAUGUUUGUUCAGUAUCUCAUCUCUUUUAUAUUGUGCUCGGCAGACUGAAAUCAUUACACUUAUCUCUAAGAAAAGCUAAGACAAAACAGUACAAUAGAAAUUCUAAAUUCUUGCUGAGUCCAACUUUCUUUUUCUAUUUGUAUCGGUGUGUGUAUAUUGUUGCUGUGUAACACUUUUCACAGAAACUUUUCCAGCUGGAGCAUUGAAUACAGUCUCCGUGUUAAAAAUAGCUUGUACGUACAAUGUACAGGGUUUCUUUAACCCCUUAAGGACACAUGACAUGUCGUGAUUCCCUUUUAUUCCAGAAGUUUGGUCCUUAAGGGGUUAAAUAGGCAGAUUUAUUGAAAACUGUGCAACGUUUCGACAUACACAGAGGCCUUUGUCAAGGCUUGACAAAGGCCUCUGUGUAGGUCAAAAUGAUGCACAUUCAGUUUUCAAUAAAUCUGCCUUUUUGAAGUAACUUUGAGCGCCUGGACCUACUUUCUACUAAUAUCUACUAAAUUGGGUUUUGCCAGCCCGGUCUUUGGUGUACCUGGUUUUCACUGUGAGAGUGUGGUAUCCUUUAUCUUUGAAUCAUUAAAUUGUAGAAUAGACAGAGAUGGUGUAGGUCAGGAGUGCCCAAACGGUAGAUCACCUGAUGUUUUAAAACUACAGUUUCCAUGAUGCUUUGUCAUUCUAAAGGAGUUCUAAAGUCAUGCGAAACAUCAUUGGAAUUGUAAUUCUGGGGAUCUACCUAUUGGGCACCCCUGGUGUAGGUUGAUAUGAAUAGGUGAUCUGUUAUCUGCCUUUAACAUCAUGUAUAAUCUGUCAGUCAGUCUCUCAAGGACAGUGACUAUAUCGGUUGAUUAUGAUUCAGUAAAGUUUAAAAUAGCUUAUUGCCUUCUAGAUUGUCUGCCUGCAUCAAUGCUAAUUAAAAUGGAACUAAAUAGAUGUAAAUUGUCUUUUUUUCAGGACUGUUGGGUUCAUGUGAAUGCCAAGAAGGGGGUCUUGCCCAAGUUAUGGGCUGUGUUGAGAGAGGGAGGUCGAGGACUGGCUAUUGUAAUCUUCCCAAACCUGCUACCGUUUAUCAGCAGAGUUCCUCAACAAAUUACAGAUUCUAGGCUGGACUUUUACACUAACCUCUUUGAAGCAUUUGUUCAAGGGUAAGUUUCUUGUUGCCGUUUGGGUAAAAAAUAAUUCCAAAUGCUGCUAUUAUUAUUCAUAUUUUUGGUCAGGCAUUCAGUUAAGUUAUAUAGCAUGUAAAAUUGCUUGUAUGCACACAUGGGGAGACGUCUCAAAUUCUUCUGUUGUCUAAACUGGUGCACAGUUAAAAAAGAGGGGCAAUCACUAUGAAUUUUUGCUGAGCAUCAUGGAAUUUGUAGUUUAAUCCCAGCAGAGUGGAGUAUGUGCUGAUAAUCCCAGAUCUAUAAGGUGUUAGAUUAAUUAAACUAAAUUUGCAGGCCUUAGAAGUAACAAUAAAAAUGCGUUUGUCCUGUCUACAAUUCUAUCACCUUAUUUUGCACUGGUUCACAGCUUCUCUAACUGUAAAUUAAUGAUAAUAAUCAUGUUUUUACUGGAAUUUACACCAUUAUAUACGCAGAGUCCUGUACAGGCUGCGGAAUGUGAGAAUUGUUUAGAAGCUUUAUAUACCGGUAACUGGAAAUGAUCUGUUUCCAGCAUUGCUACCGAUGUUUUGAAUACUGUAUUAUUUUCCUACAUUAAUAGUAUCUCUAGUGAGCGGGCCAUCACAAGCCCUGCAGAAUGUUCUGCCAUUAUAUCUGCCUACAUGGAAUGCCUACGCUUUGCCAUGCAUGAAAACGCCGGAGAGGGAGAGGAACAGCGGAAAAUUCGGCAAAUGCUCAUCACUGACCAAGUAUGGAAAACUUUUUAAUGUGAAUCUGAGAUUACCGUUCCAAAGCAUUGUAUAAUUAGUCUUUGUUUGAAGUGGAUGCGGCUGAAUAAUAGUUUCUGGUAAUUCCAUGUAGUUCAUCCAACUGCAUUUGUACAAGAGAGGGGAAUUAUGUACUUUUUUGAUGAACUGCUAAAACUGCACAUAAACCUUAUACGUAAAACUGAAAUAACACUGGGAAUAAUGUCCAAUUAUGGUGUCUUAAAGUACAUUGCUUUUAUUUUAUUUGGAGAUCCCCAUAAAUUCUCAAAAAACUAUUUUAUUACUGCUGGUGGAUUUAAUUUUUUUGGGUGGAUUUUGUUUUGGGUGGAUUUUUGUAAGUAAUACAUUUUUAUGUAUGUAUGUUGAUUACAGCAGUUUUCUGGAAUAGUUAAUAAUGGGAGCCCUUCUGAUUGCCAGGGGAAACAUCAGUUGGUUAGACAGAUGGUUAAACGGAAUACAAGCUCCCGAAACCGUGUAUUAAUUGCUUUAAUGAUAAUGAUAUUGUGCAGCAGCACAGAGAACAGUCAGUAAUCUUAAGAUGUGUUGUAAGUGGCGGUAACAAAUAUAUUUAGAGCAUCACAAGGCUUUGUGUGAUUGAGACUAGACUUCUAGAUUUUGCUCAUCAUUUUGUUUUUUGAAACAGAAGUCAGAUUAGAAGAUUUAAAGGAGACUCCAAGCACUAUAACAGCUCUGGUGCCUCACCCCGUCCCCCAUUGUAAGUGGGCAAACUGUUUUAGAACUCUACAAUGUGCGAGAUGGUGCCAGGACAAUUCUGGGGCCAUAACCACUUUAAUGAGCUAUUAUGGUUAUGGUACUUGGAGUGUUUCUUUAAAGGAGUCCAUUUAUGUACCUUAUCCAGGCUGAAAAACACCCAAUAUUCUUUGUUGACCGGGAAAGACAUUCAAAGUAGCUCUGUCACCCUGAAACUGCCUGGGGAAAAUACCCCAGAAGGUGACAGAACCUCUUUAAUCACAUGGUUUAUAGAUUCCAUGAACGUGAGGGGUGGGGUACGUAUGCAGAGUCGAUUAAUUAGAUCAGGUCGCAGUGAUAAACAGUUAAUGGUUUGGGAUAUAAUAGAGCUUUGUUACAAGGUACUGCCUAGUCCCCAUUUCACAUAUAAACUAUUGUAUCAAUAAGCACAAAGGCAUUUUUUAAGGAAUUACAAUGUUUAGUUAGAUUGAUUGUAUAGUUAAUUGGUUACAUUCUAAAAAAAUGUUCUCUUGUUCUCUUUUUUCAAGCUGAUACCUCUUAUUGACUCUUCUUUAAAAGACUACAAACUUCAGAACAGCCCAUUUUAUGGCCACGUGGAGGAAACAAUAUAUUCCUGGGAGAAGAAAGCAGAGAAUGAACGUCUUGGAGAAGAUGUUUCUUGUAUACAUUCCACCAUAUUAUCUGGAUUUUGGGAGAGCUUAUCAAAUGUAUGCGUUGCUAAUGUGGAUACAUUAGACGCUGCAGAAAAGGAUCUAGCAGGUGUUUCUGGGCUUUUACAUAUUCUUCAGAACCCAAACACUUGCAUGAAAGUAAACAAAAAGAAAAAAGCAAAGAUACGAUUUGCUGACGAAGAGGAAAGUGCUGGUGGUAGCAUUAGACCAGAGCCACCUACAAGAGAUACCAAGAGUGUGUCUAGAGACCUGGAAAACAUUGUUUCUGUAAGGAACAGAGAGCCAACCAUCAGUCGAUUGAGGCAGGAAUUCCUGGAAGAAUUGGUGUGCAAGUUGGCUGAACUCAGCAUGGUUUACAUUUCUGAACAGGGGUCCAAACGUCAUCUGAAAUUCUUGGCUGCUCUCCUUAGGGCAUUUUGUUCUGCUAAGGUUUUUCAGGUUCUUGUAGAACAAAGUUUUGAUGAAGCCCCCACAAAUGCAGAGCUUCUUGGGCAGGGGAUGGUACUCAAAAACGAAAACCCAGCAGUGCAGUUCCUUUAUCGAAAAUUAACAAACUGGUUAAGAGAAGGAAGCGAAGAGGAUUCUGAUUUCUUGGUGGACAUUUUGUAUAGUGUCCUGGUGUGCUGUUCUGAUCCUUUGGAAAGAAAAAGUCUCAUGGACAACAUGACAAAGGUAACACUACAUGUUUUAUUUACACAGAUGUGUUCUCUCUCAAAAUUAUUCCUGGGUUCAGAUUGCAAUACAUAUGUUAAAAGGAACCAGUCAUCCGAGAAUUGUGUGGUUUAGAGGUUCACAUUCAUUUGGAUAUAUAUUCUAGCUUCUGAAUGAAUGUUUAGAAACAGAUAGUAGAACUACAACUGCCUUCACACUUUGUCUGAUCUGUUGGCAAUUGCCCUGGCUCAGUAUAUUUGAACAUUUCUUCCUUACAUGAGCACCCUUUCUUUAGCACUCUGUAUAGUGUAUUGUAGGAUUGCCAUUUUUUUUUCUGGACACGCAACAUUUUUUCUUGCUGUUGGGCAGUAGAUGAAAACAUGGUUCCUUGCAGUAGGUAUAAUUUACCUACCGAAGGAGAGCUAUCGUCUUGGAGUGUUCAAUUAAAAGUGAAUGUUAAUGAAGUGGAAUCUUAUAUGAAAAAGAACAAAAGACUGCUGUCAAAUAGAAUAAUGCAAACUAUUAGGUGAGUACAUCUCUGUAUGUUUAUUGAGGGGAAUGUAGAUAACAAAGUAAUAGGCAAAGAUAGAUCCCUGAAGUUGGUGUGUUUGCAGUCAGGCAAUAAAAACGUGGAGGGGGGGAGAAAAGCGGAUUUCGUUUUUCUGAACACACUUAUACUCAUUGACUUUGAUGAUUCCUGUUUGAAAUGCUUAUUCUGUUUCAUUUUAUUUCCAUCUCCUGCUUUUGUCCAAGUAAUAGUCCAGAUGCAGUAUUAUAGUUGUUGUGUGGUCUCCAAGCUGGCUAGGUUUUAUUUUCCUCUGUAAUAUUUUGUUUUAUGACAUUAUGUCUAAUGUGCUCUUGUGGGUCUUAAAAAUAAUAUGACUUGCACAAUGAAAUGUUGGCUUGCACUUGUCACCUGUGGAAAUGUCUUAAAAUAAACUUUUUUUUUUUUUUUUAAAUAUUCUUUUUUUUUUUUUACUUUUCCUGGUUUUAGAUGGACUUUAAAUGGAGCGUUUUUCUUCACAUCAUUCAAAAGGUAAUGCACAGAUCAUAACUAAUCUGCGGCUCCUAAUUUUACUAGCCACGUGUAAAAGUCACUCGCCACUGCAAGCCCGAAGGGUCAAUGGCCAAUUUACAAUUGCCUCUGGCUAGUGAGAGAGUAGAAGUUUUGAGCCCUGACUAAUCUUUGGUUUGUUUUCCUUUUGGUAAGGGUUUGAUUACUUAGUCGAGUAAUAGAUUCAAUUGUUUUCUUAGAUAAUAUAUUUUUUUGCGGUGGUCCAUGCCAUUCUUUUACCCAGGAGUAGUUCUUUUGAGUCUUGUCAGGAUACAAAGAAAGUAAACCCUGGCCCUGAGCAUGCUUGGUUAGUGAUGUGUAAGCAAUUCACAGAGAGUAAUGUCAAGCUUAACCAGAAAAUGUGUAACAUUGAUACAGGAACUGUGACUUUUAUACCAAAAUGGUUGAUUUCAAUUCUCCAUUUGAGCUAUACUUCCAACUUGACUGUUUUGAUUUAACGUUUGCUUUGCAAAAUUCAUUACAAUUCCAAGUAUUAGUGAAUAUGUCAGGUCUGAUAUGAGUGAGUUCACAACUCACAUAAAGGUUUUAGUGUUCUUUGUUAAAUGCCUUUUUUUUAUUUUCAUCACUCCUCCAACAGGCAUGUUCAGAUUCCAUGAAGCAUUCUCUUGUCUGUGAUUGGCUGACCGGUGAUGUUCUAGGUGACAAGUUGAUCUCUCUUGCAAAUGAUCUUUGCGCGAGUGGGCUAAGAGAUAGAGCAACACAAUCAGAAUCCUAUUGUUCAAAUAAUUGGGCUCUUUUGAGUUUGGUGUUGUCAGAGCAUGUGAAAAAUGGUGAGUUAUUCAUUUAUUUAUUCAUUUAUUUUUAUUCAUAACAGUCGUACAUACAGGAUGAGCUGAUAUUCAGGCCUGUGAUCUUGUUAUCUGACGUUUGUAUCAGUAGUACACAAUAUGAAGAUUCAUUACGGAUUUUCUUUAUAUUAUACUGUUAAGGAAACUCUGUCCAAAUAUUGCUUUACUUGACUUGCAUCAGAAUUAGUCUGACAAAGCAAAACACAUUAAAAAGAAAUAAAUUCAGGCAAAAUGUAGGUACUCAUCAUGGAAGUUGAAAAGCUGUUCUCCUUUUAGGCAGGAAAUGUAAUACAUAGAUUUUAGAGAACUCUCCUUGCACAUGCUGGUAAAGACUAUUCACGUGGGACGCAUAUAAAUUGGUAUUUUCCACUAAAUCUUUUCCGCUCUAACUAUUUAUUUUACUUUUCCAUACACAGAAUCAUUGAUUGGUGAAACCUACGUGGAAAGAAUCAUCGAUCAGCUGCAUUCGGCUCUCUCUAAAGCCAGGGAUCUUUCUGAAGCUGGAGAUGUCGAACAGUCCGUUUCAUUCAUAUGCGACGUGGCGUCUAACUUUUUUAGCUCAGUGAAGGGCUGUUUUCUGAUGCCCUCAGCGGAAGAUCUGCUUCUGACCAUCUUCCAGCUCUGUGCCCAAACACCUGAUACAGCCCACCUGUCAGGUAUAAUUUCAGUCUGGAUAGUGAAAGUAGUGCAUUAGGAAAGAUCACAUAAGGCUGGUGAGAUAGCUCAAUGAGCUAAUGCACCAUCGGUAGAAUCGCAGGUGGUCACAGUUUCAAAUCCUGUCAGGGUUGAUUCAACCCUUUAUCCUUGUGAGGUAGAUAAAAUGAGUACCAUUAGAUUGGGUAAUAAUAACAACCCCUGGAUGUUGGGCAAAAGUAAUAUCCCCAGGACGUACUUGGAAACAAGAGUAACCCCAAUGCACCUUUCCUUGUUACUUUGUUAUUAAUUUAGUCCUGUUAUGCUAACCCCGUUAUAGCAAAUUAGUUAUUACUUGCAUUGUAUGCAGGAAAGUAAAUGGCACUGUUUAUGUUUGAUGUUUAUUAUAGUAGCCUGUACCAGUUUAUAAUGUAUGUUAAAUUCUCAUUGUGCUUUUUCUAUGUGUGUGUGUAAUGGUUUUUUCCAACAUGAACAUUAACAUCAGCUAAUUUGUGUAUUUACUGCUAGAUUCGCUGGUGCUCAAGCUGGAGCAUACCUGGCUGUGUGGCCUAAAUUCAUUGGUCUGCCAUUUUGACAGUAUACCUCAAGGAAGCAUGUUCUUGAAUAGAUCUGCUCAGUGGGUUAAGAAUCAGAUUCAGAAGUCGCAGCUCAGUGUUCAGAGGUAAGUUAAAUUUUAAGUGUUGAGAGGGAUCAUAGAGCAGAGUGUUCACUGUGUGAUUUUGAAUUUGACAGUGGAGAAGAUACUUGGCCUAGACUGGCACAGCGCUCUUUAAAGUGCCCUUGAGCAGCCUCCACCAGCUUACCAAAGCAGACUGCAGGACACAUAAUAAACUAGGCAAAGUAUCACCUCUAAAAGGCCAGUAACAGCCCAAUGCAGACUUUGAUAGAGACGGGAUGAUGGGGAGGUAGUGCAAUGCUCAUGGGCAAUUUAUUAUGGAUAUUAAUUAAUAUUAUUUAUAUUUGCAAUAUUUGGCUACAUUGGUUUCCAUGAAGGGUAGACCUGCCACAUUCAUUUCUUUUUUUGUUACCAGAUUUACAGUGCGUAUUUACUGGACUCCACUGUUACACUUUUUAUGUUGCUUAUGUACUCAAUUUAUAUGAUAUAUUGUUUUUUUCUUUAAUCUUUCUCGCAGCCUUCAGUCUUUAAUUGGUGCUGUUAACAAUCUGUACUGCAAAAUCCUGGAGGCAGGUUCUUUGGCUGUCCCCCUUCUAGAAGGACAUCUAACAUUAAUGAUUCCAGACACGGAACAGUGGCAAAAGAUGCGUCAGUGUCUCUCUAAUCAGGUAUGGCUAUAAAAAGCAAAACGAAAAAAAAAAAAAAAUAACCACUGAGCUAAUAGAUUGAAAUUGUAUAGGUAUGAUUAAGGAGCUUGGCUAUAUAUCUAAUUACCUAAAUGAGUUAAUUUAGCUGCACUUAAACCUAUUGCAGUAUAUGAUACUGUAUCUCCUUAGCAACUUAUUGUGAGGUUCAAUAGCAGAGUAUAGUCAGGAGACAGUGGAUUUAUAAAAGUGGUGAUUUCCCUUGUAAUCAGCAUUUGUAUUAAAUAUUGCAGAGUUAUGCUUUUAAUCUGUUUUGGUUAGAUACAAAGACUGGAAUUUUACUGGAAAUGCAGGAACUUCAAAUGUAUUUUUUUUUUUUUUUUUUACUUCUAAUCUAUUGUUUUCGCUUUGAUAUAUUGAAUGCAUUAUUUCUAUAAACCCACCUCGGAUCCAGGCAGGAGUGUUCCAUUUUCAUGUCCUGGGGUUUAGCUGCUGUUGAUAUUAAGAUAUCUUUUUUUGAACAGAGGUUAGUAAUUCGUGUUAAGUGACUCACCUUAAGCAAGAUCAUACUAAAAACCCAUGUUAUUAACAGGGACCUUACUUGUUAACAAGACAACUGAUGGUUGUUGGUCCAGACCAGACAAAGAACUACCUUGUUGGUACUUGGGCAUACUUGGGAGAGAUAGAUGGUUUGAUAGUGCUUGAGAACUAGAGGGUGAGACUUGGAAUUAGAUGGUUGGUGGUACCUCUGGGUGGUCUUGGAAAGUAGGUAGUUUGAAGCUUACUUUUUUGGUGGUACCUGGUGGCAGACUUGGGAAAUAUAUGAUGGAAUGUGUUUAGGGUUAGACUAGGGAGAUGAUUUAAACAUACACUCCGGACACCAAAAGCAGUUUAGCUUGCUGAAAAGUUUUGUGUGUGAAGAGUGUGUCCUCUCUUUUUUUCAUUUUGCAAAAUGUUCAGUAGAAAUUGACACUUGAAGAAACCUGGUUCCCACCCCCUUGGCUUUCAAGCAUACAACAGGUAAUGUUACUUCCUGGCUUGGUUAGCUCAGUAGAGCUAAACUAAAGAGGCAGCGAUUGUACAGAGCACCUGCUUUACAAAGACUUUUCAUUGAGCUGAAUUGGGAAGUCUGUGAUUGGACAGCCCCAGAACAUCUGGGCGGGGUUAAAAGGUGAGGACUUGCAAAGGCUGCAGACAAAAGAUCAGCACGUUUUGCAGCUGUUUUUAGAAAUUCCCCUUUUGGAAACAUGCAAUGUUUCAUUUAGGGUAAAUCAACUGAACUGUUUUUUUUUCUUUCAAUUUUGCAUUUGGGCAGUGGAGUGUCCCUUUAAGUUAUGUAGAUGCAAGCAUGAGACCUAGAUGGUUGGCGGGUACUUGGGGCAGAUAUGUGAACUCUUAACAUUGUGGUAUUAUUUCGACUCGCUUGUGUUAAGUUUUUUGCCCAUAAUAAUACUGGAAGAGAACAAGUUCACAGCCCAUAAUAAUACUGAAAGAGAACAAGUUCACAUUUAAAUGUACAAUGAAAUUUAAAUUUAGAUGAAUUGUUGAAAAUACACCGUUCCCUUAUUGUGACAGUUGUGUUCUAUUACAGUGGUUGAGCAAACCGCUUUUGGAAGGACGGCUGAGCAUGAACUCGGAAACAUCUGGGAUAGAUCUUAAAACUUUCUCUAAAAAUUGGCUUCCAAAUCAUCUCUGCACGACCUCUUUAUUGAGCAAAAUGGCUUUUCAAAUGUUGGAGAGACGUGCACUUUUUAAAGAAAAGGAAAUUGCAACAAAAAUAAGCGUAAUCGGUAAGCAUGUUUUAAUUGUAACUAAAUGUAGUUUUCCUUUUUUUUCCUGUCACUAUUCACAUUUACAUCUACUAUAAGCAAAUCAUUAUUUCAAGUCUUCUUGGCAUGAUAUCUAUCUUUGUCUUGACUUUUUAUCAUUUUUUUUUUUGCUCUCACUCUCUCUUGGAAUUCCCUUUCGUCAAUGUUGGGGCUGCCAAAACUCCAUCUCAUUUCUAGGACAGAACAACUUAUGUUUAGAUUAAAGCCAAUUAGUGUCUAUUAAUUGGCCAGCUGGAAGGUUCUAAGAACAUUGUGGAUUGAUCCACCCACGCACUAGCUAAAAAGCUUUCCAAUCAACAUAUUUCUCACUUGCUUAGUGGAUGCGGUGUAUAAUUGGGCAUUAUGGAGUCUAAGCAAUGUGCGAGGCUCACUGAGACAUAUAACUCAACAAGAAACAUUCUUUUUUUCCACAUUUUGCUUUCUUCAGAUUGAUCACAGGGUCAUUAAAAGGCACUGGUAACUACACUGAAAAAAACACGGACUAUCACCUGUAACUUGUGUUAACUAUCAUUUUUCAUAUGAUGCUCAGUUUACUAGGGAUCGACCGAUAUUGAUUUUUUUAGAGCCGAUACCAAUAAUCUGGGAACUUUCAGGCCGAUUACUUUCCGAUACCGAUACUCUGUACAUUUACCAUUUAAAAAAACAAAAAAAACUAUUUCUACACAAAUCUACUGUUAACUGAACAUGUUUCUUAUUUUAUUUUUUUUGCUAAUCUUUUUUAUUAAGUUAAAUGCACAAAAUAUACAUGCCAGUCAGAAUUAUUUUAUGUUUUCAAGAAUAUAUGUGUGUGUAGUUAAUGCAGUGAAAGUAUUUGAUUAGUGAAUGCAGUGUGUGUUUGUGUAGUGGAUGCAGAGUGUGUGUUUGUGUAGUGUGUGUAUAGUGAAUGCAGUGUGUGUUUGUGUAGUGUGUGUAUAGUGAAUGCAGUGUGUGUUUGUGUAGUGUGUGUAUAGUGAAUGCAGUGUUUGUGUAGUGUGUGUAUAGUGAAUGCAGUGUGUGUUUGUGUAGUGUGUACAGUGAAUGCAGUGUGUGUUUGUGUAGUGUGUACAGUGAAUGCAGUGUCUGUUUGUGUAGUGUGUAUAUAAUGGAUGCAGUGUGUGUAAUGUGUAUAUAGUGAAUUCAGAGUGUGUGUUUGUGUUUGUGUAGUGUGUAUAUUAUGAAUGCAGUGUGUGUGUGUGUGUUUGUGUAGUGUGUGUAUAGUCAAUGCAGUGUGUUUGUAUAGUGAAUGCAGAGUGUGUGUUUGUAUAGUGAAUGCAGUGUGUUUGUGGCGUGUGUGUAUAUAAUGAAUGCAGAGUGUGUGUGUUUGUGUAGAUAUGUUAAGUGUGUAAAAUGGGGGGUAAGGCAUUUUUUUUUUCUUUUUUUAAAUAUUACAUUUUAUUAAAUUAGGUUUUAGUCCCCUCUCCCUGCUUCUUACCUGGCCAGGGAGGGGGAUAUGGAAUUCCCUGGUGGUCUGGUGGCAUGGACUGUGCAGAGAAGGCCCAGCACACUCUUACUUACCUUCCCAGUAGUUCCCUUCAGCUCCCCUGUCUAACUCUCGCGGCCUAUGUGACGCGCAGAGCUUUGCCUUGGUAACUCGUGGCAACACUCUGACUCCGCGGGACUCGCGAGAGUUAGACAGGGGAGCUGCUGGGAAGGUAAGUAAGAGUGUGCUGGGCCCCCCAGGACCCUAAUGGCGGCCCUGGUCUGCAUUAUCUGCAAUAUCGUUAUCUUUAUUGGCCAAUACCGAUAUUGCUGAAAAUACAGAAUGUCGGCCAAUAAUAUUGGUCAGACCGAUAAUCGAUCGAUCCCUACCAUUUACUUUAAACAUUUUGUCAUUGGCAUCACCACACAAUUCAGUUCGGGUAGAGCAAGAGCACGUAAUGUAUUGUAGAAAGAGAAACAGAAUCAUUGCGUGGGAAGCACCACACUUCUCAAGUCAAAUGCUUCUCAUAAAGAAGCAUUGAAUCCGAUUUCUAUGAGAAGCAUUGAUUGGAUAUUCAAUUUCCUCAUGCAAUGCGUGACUACGUUGAACGUCGAGAACCGAAUCUGACAGCGUUCUCACUGCUGAAGCAACAUCUAGAUCAGUGGUUCCCAAACCAGUCCUCAAUGAACCCCUACCAGUCCAGGAUUUAGGGAUUACUCAGUUGUGUCCAAAAAGUUUUUUUUCUCUUAUCUCUAAAAACACCUUAGAUAAAACUGGGUAAUCCCUGAAUCCUGCACUGGUAGGGGUUCCUUGAGGACUGGUUUGGGAACCACUGAUCUAGAGGCUUUCCGUGUGACAGAGUUGUGUUUCAAACAUGUAUUUGAUACAAAUGGAGAGUAAUAAUAAUAACAAAGCAUUUAAUUGCUGGAUAUUGCUUUGCUGCAGAGGGAUUUGGAUAGAUUGGGGCACUAAAAUGGCAAAUUAAAUUUAACGUCGAGAAAUGCAAAGUUAUGCACUUCGGGGUUAAGAAUGCACAAGCAACUUACACCCUAAAUGGUAGUGAAUUAGGAAUAACCACACACGAGAAGGAUUUGGGAAUUGUUAUAGACAACAAAUUAGGCAGCAAUAUGCAAUGUCAAUCUGCAGUUGCUAAGGCCAGUAAGAUUUUGUCAUGUAUAAAUAGGGACAUAAAUUCUCAGGAUGAAAAUAUAAUUUUGCCUCUUUAUAAAUCGCUGGUAAGACCACACCUUGAAUAUGCUGUGCAAUUUUGGGCACCUGUUCUAAAGAAGGAUAUCAUGGAAUUAUAAAAAGUGCAGAGACGAGCUACAAAAUUGAUAAAAGGAAUGGAGCAUUUUAGUUACGAAGAAAGGUUAAAAAAUGAAACCUGUUUAGUUUGGAAAAACGGCUCCUGAGAGGGGAAAUGAUAACAUUAUACAAAUAUAUUCGGGGCCAGUACAAACCUUUAUCUGGAAAUCUAUUCAUAAACAGGGCUAUAUAUAGGACACGAGGUCACACAUUUAGGCUGGAAGAAAGGAGAAAAGAUAAGAUAAGGCAAAGAAAAGGUUGUUGUUUUUUUUUUACAGUAAGAGCAAUAAGGAUAUGGAAUUCUCUGCCUGAAGAGGUGGUUUUGUCAGAGUCAUUACAGAGGUUUAAACUGCAAUACUUGAAAAAACAUAACAUACAGGGAUAUAAUUUCUAAUUACUGGGGUAAUAGCUGCUUGAUCCAAGGAGAAAUCUGACUGCUAUUUUGGGGUCAAGAAGGCAUUUUUUCCUAGUUUGUUGCAAAAUUGGAAGCGCUUCAGACCAGGUUUUUGCCUUCUUUUGGAUCAACAGCAAAAACGUAGGUACCCAAUUUAAUGGUACUCAUUUUAUCUACCUCGGAAGGAUGAAGGGCUAAGUCAACCCUGAAAAUGCUUACCAGAAGUGGUGUAAAUAAGUAAAUAUAGUAUUAAAAAUCUUGAAAAGUUUUUUUCUUUAAAAUGGCCCACCAAUUGGGGGAGAUAGUAUAUCGAUACAUUUAUAGAUAAAUUGAAGCAAUGAAAAGAAUGUUUGCAUAAACUUUAAAAGGUCUCAAACAAUUCAGAAAACUAUGCUUUCUUUAUUGUUGAAAUCUUGAAUAUGCCUGCUAGAGCUUACCUACAUAGCAUUUAAUUCCAAGGACAAUAUCUAGUGACCCUGCCCUGUUUCUUAGUUGCAGAAAUGCUGUAUUCCAUGCAGUGGUGUGAAGAGCUGGAAAGGUCACCAGCCGUCAUUAGUGAAUACUGCGACAUGCUCCGUGCAUUAGACAUAACCCACGAAGAAAUAAAAGAAUCCAGCCACCACUUACCUGCAAUCUUGCAAUUACUGUUUGAACGGUAGGUCAUCGCACACAUGCAUGUUUUUGUGUGAGAGGGAGGCAGGGACACUAUUUGUGUGAUGAUAAUUGCAAGCAUGUGGCUAUUAAUCACUGGUUAUUGUUUAUUUAAUUAACAAGUUAUUUUGUACAGUUAUAAACGCCUGCAGCUUGAAACUGGGUCAGUACAAUAUGCUGCCGGGCACCUGUUCACUCCCAUAAUACUGAGCAUGAUAUCCCACAAUGCCUAGUGCCCACCAUGUACUCACUGUUCAAUCCCACACUCAGGUACAGUCACUGCAGACACCAUAUUUGCAGUUUAUAUCUAAUGCCAAUUUCACAUAAGAAUAAGGGAAAGUCCUGGUGAUGCAUGUUAUUCAUAUGCUUGCCUAGUGAUUUGGCUAACCAUGGCUAGAUGAAAUAUAGAUAUUUAUAAUUCUGUCAUGUGAAUCACACUGUAAGAAAAGCACCCUAGAAUAUAUUUGUACUUAUUUUACACACUUUAAUUUUAGUGUGCUUGCUCAAAAAUUUUUUUUUCUUCUACUGUGUUUAAUUGCUACAUAUGGGCAAAUAUGGCACUUGUUCAAUAAAAAAUUAUAUUGUACACGUGUAUCUUCGAUGGCUGCACAUUCUUUGCAAUGUAAUAUAGUCUGUAGAUUACACUGUUAAAUAUGUAAUUUUCAAUCAGGGCUGUCUUCAACGCGGGACAAACAGGGCAGCUGCCCCGGCCAUGAGGCAUGGUCUAUGGGGGCCCUAGCAAAUGCUUGCCCGGGGUCCAAUCAUUAUUAAAGACGGCCCUGUUUUCAAAAUAAUGAGUUUUAUGGGCACUCAACCCAACAAUCUGUGUGAUACUGCUUUCAACUUUUUGCCAGUUGACAAAAACCCAUUAGCAUACAUAGACACACAGUCUUAAAUUAGAGGGGCAAAGGUUUAAAAAUAAUAUCAGGAAGUAUUACUUUACUGAGAUGGUAGUGGAUGCAUGGAAUAGCCUCCCAGCUGAAGUGGUAGAGGUUAAUACAGUGAAGGAGUUUAAGCAUGCGUGGGAUAGACAUAAGGCUAUCUUAGAUAUUAAGAAACUAAUGAAAGUAUUUAGAAAAUUGGGCAUACUAGAUGCGCCGAAUGGUUCUUAUCUGCCGUCACAUUCCAUGUUUCUAUGCUUUGUAAAAUGAAUUGCAAAAUUCAGUCUAAAAUAGUGAAGCAUUUGUUUGCUUAAAUUUAGUUUUUCAGUUAUCCCUUCACUACAUUUUUGUAAAAAUCCUAUUAUUGGUUUGUCCUGUUCUUUGCUCAUUUCUUGCUGUGAAACAAUUCCUUUGAUGAGCUUUUAUGUAUUUAAUAUUCAUUCUUCCAGGUCAAAAGAGAGCGGUACACUUUGGUCCUUGGCUUGUAAAAAAUUAAUUCAUCUGACAAAUGCUGGACAAGAUGAACUUAAACAACUGAUUAAAAGCACAGAAGGGUAAGGCAUCUAUUUUAGUUUUUUACUAAAAGUGUUAAAUAUACAUACAAGUCAUUUCAGUUUUGUGAAACAGAGUAGGAAAAAUGUACUAAACAGCAAAAUAUUAUUUUUCUUGUGGGAAUGCAUAUAUUUCACUGUGCUGUCAUAGCUGUAAUUUGUAUACUUCUGUAUAAUAUGUAUACCCUGGCUUGCUUAAUGUAUACAUAGGAUUUUGUUAUCUGUAAAGGGUCACCACUACUCAUUGGGGAGAAAAGAUGGAACCUAAAUGCAUUCAAUUUUAAACAUUCUAUUAUUCUGAAUGUACAGAACCCACAAACGUGUAUCUAAUAGAGAAUCAUACAUACACUGAUGCGUAAUUUGUGCAAAAACUGUACCACUGAUCUGUCACCCUUGACUUUUGCUUCUUGUCUCUUUGUAUACGCCACUAGUUUAGUUCCAAGGUCAGUGUAACCUCUCUCUUUCAUCACUAGGGAAAAAUCAGUGCUGCUGAGAAGCAGAAUCUAAGAAUUGUUUUUUGGUUCCAUUUUAAAGUGUCACUCUAAGCACCAUCACAAUCUCAUGUAAUUACAAAUUUAAUGGUGCAUAGAGCACCCCGAAACAACUAUCAGCUCAGAGAGUUGUUUCAGGGUUGCAGAGAUUUGUAAAAAAAAAAUAAAGGCAGCUUUAAGUCUGCCUCUCUGAGCUGUCAAUCAGGUAGCCUAGAAUGAGAGAUCCGGGUUGCCUUUUUAAAUUUUAUCUAAGUUUUGUAUGCAAUACCUGCCUGCCGCACAACUUGGGCUGAGGUCCUCCAGGAGAUCAUGGGCAGAACUGUCGACUGGAGAUGAAUGCAUUGCUCUUCCAAGGUCCGCAUGUAGCCCUGUUCACUAAAUAGUGAAGUGGUCUAUGUGUCACUGAUAGCAUCUCAGGAUACAUUACUCAUCACAAAAACACAUUCUUUAUGGCAAUUAAUUAGAUCAGAGUUUCCUCCUGAUGUCUGAGGUCUGCCUGCAGCUGCAUAGAAUCCCACUGGGUAGUGUGUCAAGGGGAUCUUUAGUGGUAACUUUUUUUAAUGCAAUAUUUUCAUAUAUCAUAUUUUUUACUGGAUUACAAAGCAAGGGGUCAUUUUUACCUUAUAGUUUCCCUUUAAAUUACAUCUCCCAAAUCUGAGUGUGAAGUUUAAUAGCAGAGCAGCAUCUUCCAUUAGAAUUCUUCUGCAGUACUUCAGUUAGCUUUUAAUUGGUUUCUUAGUAAGAAGGUGUUGAAAAACGGUCUAUUACCUGGCGUUUUAAUAAAAACUAACCUCUCUCCUAUCAACUCCAAACAGAUAUUUUCCAAUGACCCAGGGAAACCUGAACACCAUACAGAGCCUCUCUCCUUUCUUAAGUAAAGAAGAAAAGGAAGACAUUGUACUCCAAUGUACAGCUAAGAUUAUGAGCUGCCCUCCAUCAACUGUGUCCUUUAUAGAUGGUUAGUAUAGCAGUUUCAUUAUAUAUUGUUUAUAGUUUUACUCAUUGUACUUAAUGUUUCCAGAUUCCAUUUUUUAAAUUUACAUACAAUAUGUGUCCACUUUCUUUUUUACUCAUGUACCCACGUAAUACAGAUAUGUCGGCUUCUAGUGUAUUAACAAACAAACUAUAUACUGUGCCAUUGAAACCAUCAACAAAAGUUGUGUAAACCUGGAGAUGUCCUCAUGCUCUAACCUAAAUAAUGCCACAGUGCAGGUCGUUUGUGUGAGUUUGGGGAGAAAUAGCAUUUUUGCUUGCAGGAACUUGUUCUUCCCAUAUCGGACAAAUUGCUUUUUGUUUGCAAGGACAACAGUCACUACUGCAGUUCAAAUAAGUCUUGCAGGAAGCAAAGUUUUAAUUUCAAAAUAAGAAGGAAAAAAAAUGUGUUAAUUAAUUCGAUUAUCUGGCUGGCUAAAUAUUUUCUAGUGACUUCACAAAUGACAAAGCAGUUUCAAUACUAAUCUAUUGCGUUGGGCAACAGUAACUUUCCCCGAAAUUUGUAAUGGAAAAUGAAUGUCAUUACUGUCUCCCCUGCAGUCGAAUAUAAAUAAUAACUAUAAAGCAUUUUUAUACACACACAUAUAUUUAUAUAAUAUGUAUUCAUAUUCUUUUAUUCAAGUACAUGUCCACCCACAAACUGAGACCAAACAGGAGAUAUUUAAAGGACAGAUAGGAGGAAGACAUGUGUUCUCUUUAUCUUUCACGCUUUUUGCACGAUUACACAAAAUAAAGUUACUAUUUGUAUCGACCUCUUAAAGAGGGAAAUGCUGAAUAAGUUGGGCCAGGAUCAAACCUGUGAUGCUGGAACAUUAUCCACUGAGCUUUCUCACCAGCAGACUCAUUGACUGUUUUUGUUGUUGUUCAGGUGGCUUUGGAAAUCUGGCAGUCAUUAACUCUUGCUCAGAUCCGGAAUCUGUAUCGUCUGCCGAAAUACUCCCUGCAGUGUUAAAAGUCAUUUUGGCGUGGAAAAAUGAUCAGGAGGAUAUCUUUCUGUUUAGCAGGUGAGUAAAGCGGUCAAGCAGUGGCAAGCUAGCCCUUUUAGCACUGGAGAGGGCAAACUGUGCUUUGCUAUGUCAGUCAAGUUAACCCUAUGAGAUCCAUGGGAGUGAAGCUGUACAGAGGUUUUUUUUUUUUUUUUAACACUUAAUUGUCUUCUGAUAAAAUGUUCCACAGCAUUAUGUAAAGCAGAAUUGUAAUUCCAAAACCGCUAGAUACCUUUUAACCAUCCCUAAUGUGAAACAUUUACUAAGGAAGGCUGUUACCAACAGCAAAUAUACAAAAAUAAACAAUAGAUAAUGGUAUUCAGACUCCACAUUUUAACAUAUGAGAAGUGUGAAUGACUCUUAAGUAUUCUAAUUAAUUUUCUGGUGCAUACACAUUUGACAGUCUCGUGGUUUGUAUAUUCCUUCCAUGGAAAUAGGCUUACAAGUGCCAUACCAUAUAUAGAACUGAGAUCCGCAAGCUGUGAUGCCAUAAACAAGAUACAGUUGAAUGUUACUCACUGUGUGUGCUCCGCAAUAAAGUUUUGAACGUAUGAGAUGAGUGCUGGGCCAUAGUGUGGUUUUCAUCGCAAUACUAGAAUUCAGAAUACAUAUUUUGCAAGCAGUGCACUGUCAAGCAUAGAUUCUUCAUUUAAAGAACACAUACUUUUAUCUAUAAGGCAGUGAUUUGUGAUUCACAAAUGUAGUAGGAGUUUGUCUGCACUAUUUUGGAAUAUUGCUAUAGAGUUAUGUUUCAUGCUAUUUUUUUUUUUUUUUUUUUUUGCUGAGUCUUCCCACCACCAGUUCAAAACUUCACACUUUAAAAAAGCAUAUUUGGCAUUUCUUGAAAAUUAGUUGAAAAUCUAAAGUACUUUUCUGAAAGAUUCUGCACUUUCUUUUUCAGCAAUUUGCAAGAUGUGAACCCGAAUCUGAUCGGUCUUAACAUUGAAAUGAUUAGAUUCUUUUCUCUUCUUCUUGAUAAUUUGUCAUCAGCUGCAGCGUCUCUGGAUGAGGCUGAGUGGGACUUCCUAAUGUGCUCCAUGUUAUCAUGGUUAGAGGUAAGAUAAUUCUCAAAGUGCACAACACAAAUUAAACUUAGUGUGUUUUUACCAACAUCUUUAACUCAAGAGCAGUGCAUGAUCUGUUUUUAUGAAUUUAUUCUAGAAUUGGUAAUAUUUAUUGGACACUCCACACACCUAAAGUGUAAUAUGUUUUAGAAACAUAGAUGAACCGUGUUUGAAAAAAAUAGAAUAGAUCCAUUAAGUCAUUUCCCACUUUGAGAAGGAGGUGGUGAGACAAGUUGUACGUUUUUUUUUUUCUCUUUGUGAAACAAAUUUUCCACGUUUUUAUGUUCACGUGCCUUUUCUAAUAGUUUUUGCUAUACUGCAAAUAGAAACUUGGAUCAUUUUAUAGUUUCACUGAGAAAUGACAACUCCGAGAACAGAUUUGAGGGCAGUGUUCUCUUUAGAACAAAUACAAUUUUCUGUAAGAUAUCAUUCGUUUUUUCUUGCAGGUCAUAGGACUUUGCCUGCACUCAUUUUGAAUAUUAUAUUUCUAAUUUAAUAAACACACUAGAUUUUUCUUGCUUCAGUCUCCCUUAGGGGCUUAAAUCCAGCGGACAUGGUCCUACAAUAUUAAUUUCCACUUCGGGGAAUACAGUUUUUAAUUUAAAUUUUUUUAAACUGAUCUAUAGGUUGUUACAACAAAUUACAUCACAUCCAUCACCCUUAUCGGUUAUUAAAUACAGAUAACCUUUCACAGAGCAGGUAUGUCCCCCCUCUCAUAAUAUUAUGCCAGUGGAAGAUGGCUGUUUGCUAACAUUGUCCAGAUCUCUUCUGAAAUGAUCUGCACAGUUUUAUCAGAAUUACUUAAUAGAGCUUAGCAGACUUAACGUUGAUGCCAAAAUGGAGAUAUUGCUGCAUUUUAAAGUAUGUCUGACUUGCUGUUGAAUGUCGAAAAAAUCUUUAUCAAAUAGUUUUGUUGCAUUCCUCUGAACUCAUGCAGAUAGCAUAAACGUCCACAUGAGGGCACCCUUGUACAAACUUUGUAAUUUGGAUCAGUCAAAUUAAUACGUUUAUUAAAUGUUAACCUCUCUUCUGAAGUUUACUAUGCAAAACAUUAUUGCUAAAUCAGUAUUUGUGUAUUUACUUAAAAGAAUACCGUUUCCUGAAAAAAAAUGUUUGCACUGGUAUAAAUUUGUAGUUCUUCGAUGUAAACUAUAUACAAUUUGAGUAUAAUGCACAGGUUGCGUCUGCAACAGAGAUAUGAAUAAGGAAACAUUGGCAUUAUCUAAAAUAAAAUCAAAAAACCAAAAUAAAUCCUUCAUUCAUUUUCACUUUGGAUUGAGAACUAUUCAUUUUCAUCUUCUGCUUCUCAUGAAUGCAAUAAAUAUGGAUUAUUGGGGGAGAUUUUGCUGGGCAAACACUGUUUAAGUUCAUUCUUUUCAAGUUAAAGGGACACUCUAGGCAAAAAUACAAUUUGCGCCUUUUACAUUGCAUCUUUAUAUUAAGUAAUGCACUGAAAUCUUUAAAAAGGUUUUUAACUUUUCUUGUAACACUGAAACAGCCUCUUCUCCCAGAGCUGGCACACCUACCCCUGUGUGACUGUGAUACUUCUCCUGGCUUGAUGAUAGCUGUCCAAUGAAACGCUUCUCAUAGAGGAGGAUUAUCCACACACUACAUGCCUCCAAUCAAAUGGCUUCGCACAGAGGAGUAUUGAGGAUUUACUGUGCAUGCCGCCAAUCAAACUAGUCUCUUAGAAAAGUACUAAAGUGUUGCGUCUCCAGUGUAUGUUGCAGGGAAACACAGAGCACUGUUUAGCACUUUAACCACUUCAAUAAAAUAAAGUGGCUGUUUUGCCUACAGUGUCCCAUUUUAUUCCGCAAUUGAUACGCUUGGAAAUGACCUAAAUGUACUGUUUCCUGGUUUAACUGAUUGUCAUUCUGUAUGUUUGCAUUCUCAGACAGCCUGUGAAAGUGUAGCAUUGUACCAUAUUCCCCUCGUUCGUCUGUUUGCCUGUACCAGCUGCAACAUGGCAUCACAUCUCUCUGCCUAUUUUCAAGCUGUCACUGUAACGAAACCAGAAAAUCUUCCUGCAAACCUUACGUCAGAAUGGAACGAGUUUUUUUCUGAAGGCGUACACAGUUUACUCUUGCCCAUGUUGGUGAAAAUAACAGGUAACAAGAACAAGUAUCAAAUGAAUAAGGUUCUAUGAUGUGGUGACUUAGAGAUGGUUUUUAAAGAACCUUUCUGGGACAAAGAUCAAUAAAUGGUGCAAUCAUCAGGGACAUUCAUUUGGUUUCUAUGGUGAUUGAUCAAUUUUUAGAUGUAUAGCACAUAGUUAAUUUUUGUACAUAACUCCCAUAAAUGCUACAUGCAAUCGAAAUUUCUCCUGGUACAGAAAACAUAAACAACCUUAAUGAGUUCCUUUGUGUGUUUUGUGUCAUUAUUCAUUAAGGGCCCACUUAGCCUGAGAAUAGGAAAGCAUGUUUGGGGCGAAUUAGAAUAACUCUGAUUUGAAUACCAAAUUAGGACCAACCAGAGGAGGAAAUUCUACAAAGAAUCUUGCGAACAGCUCUGAAAGUGCAAGCUUGCCUUAAAAUUAAUAUAGUAUAUGUUAAAACGAAAUAAUAUUCAGUUGUGGUCUGCUUGGGGCUGUUCUGUAAUUUGCGAAUUUGACAGAUGCACCUGUCGGCAGACCGUGUUAGUUAGAACCUAGUGUUGAGAAAAGAAUUGAGGGGAGGCACAUGGAUUUAGAGAGAAUGGGGGUAGGUAACCAGAAAACUAAACAACUGGAAAAAGAAUGGGGCAGGUUUUGUAAAGACAGGCAAAUCUUUACCACAAAUCCAGACUAAUUAGUUGCCCUAACACAUGUCUUAAAUCAGUGCUUUAUCUGAUCACAGUUGAUGCUUGGCUUUCAGAGAUGAUGCUCUCCCCAUAAAUCCUUAGAGUUGUGUAGUAGCUGCGAUAGAACACAAGAUCCAACAGUGUGAAUCGUUGUUAAAUAUUUACAGUAAAAUCUCCAUAAUAUAACCAUCUGUAUUCAUUUAAAAACUACAUGGCUAUUGUCUCACAACAGCUAUUUUUGGUUAUAUAUUUUAACCUCAUUAUUGGUACACAAAAUAUGCUCUCCCAGACUUUCUAAUAUAACAAUGUAAAAUUGAACAUCGCUGUCUACAUGUUACAAGCAAAAUAAAUCUAAUAUAACAAUGUAAAAUUGAACAUCGCUGUCUACAUGUUACAAGCAAAAUAAAUCUAAUAUAACAAUGUAAAAUUGAACAUCGCUGUCUACAUGUUACAAGCGAAAUUAAUCUAAUAUAACAAUGUAAAAUUAAAUAACAGUGUCUACAUGUUACAUGUGUCUCCUAAACACCGUAAAUUACAUCUGGCUAGUAAGAAAGGAGUUCUGCUUUUGCCAUAACAGAAAUGUAAAAAAUGCAAGCAUGCCAUUGGAAUGCCUUCCCUUAAAUUGUUUUACACUUUGUUUUUUUUUCCCCACUGGUGCAGGGGAGUGCAAAGCUUCGGAGACGUCCCAUCUGAGCCCCGUGCUGCAGUCACUGGGUGAAGCCCUCUGUUACAUUUCAAAUCAACAGCUGCUGAAGCACAAACUGCCUGCCAAGUUUGUGGCUGGACAGAAGACCAACCUCCCUGACAACAUACAAAGCUUGCUGAAUACUCUGUCUCCACUCCUGUUGUAUAGAGAGAGAUCUGUGCAAAUCACAAUUUACCAUAUGCUGGAUAAGUAAGAACAGAAUGUAUUUUUUUUUUUUUUUUUGAGUCACACAGAAUGUUGAUGUCUGCAGUGUGUAUUGUAUUGAAUUGCAGUAAAUGUUUCUUUAGCUUACUUUGCAAACCUCUUAAAGGAAUACUGUAGGCACAGAGACCACUUAAUCUCAUUGAAGUGGUCUGGGUGCAGUGUCCCUGUCCCUGUUAGGCCUGUAAUGUAAAAUAAAUGAGUGUGACUACAUGAAACGACUCUGGCCCUCCUUACACUUUGCAUGAGACAUCCAGUGACUUUAAUAUCCCCAUAGGAAAGCACUGAGUCAAUGCUUUCCUAUGGGGAUGGCAGUAUGCGCCUUAGGUCCCUCCAUUGGCUAUCGAUGGAGGAGGAGGGACAUCGGCACUGGGUUGGGACUGAAAGGUUGUAUUUUUUUUAAAACCAUUUUGCUCCUGUGGAGUGGGGUAGGCAUGUGGGGGUAGAGGGACGCUUUAGUGUUAGGAUUACAUCUUUGUAUUUCCAAGUGUUUCUUAAUCCAGCUUUCCUAGCACAUUAUAGGCCAGCGUUGCCCAGUCAUUGUGCAGCUUUUGUGCACUAAGAUUCUCACGAUUUCUAGGUAUCAAGAUUCCCCCCCCCCACACACACACAUUAUCCUAGAGAAAAAAAAUAAAUGGAAGUAACUGAUAUUUUAAGGGACAAUCCCUUUUCAUAACGAUAGAAUCUCUAAAAACUUAAUGUAGAGUUGAUUAGGAUUUCUGCCAUGUCACAUGUAUGUAUUGAUAAAAGUGGCAUUAUUUUUACUUUUAUUUAAUUUUUUCAUUUGCAUACGGUCCUGAACAAACCAUGUGAAGUUCUAUAUAGCGUUACUCUUUGAAACACCACACCGGAAAUAGUGGACAUUCAUUUUUUAUUUUUUGUUGUUGAUUCCACUGAUCAGAACUUCUGACACUUAUUGAUUGUUGACAGAAAUGUCGGAUUUGCCAGCAGCUGCAGAGGGCUGACAGUAGAUCUGUCCCAGUGAGAAAAUUUGAACAUGAAAGUAUUUGAUACAAGGUCUACCUUAGGUUUGUUAGUGUCUACGGAACGCUAAAUAAGCAUUUCAAAUUCUUGCAGCAUCAUUGUCAUUUUCCUAAUAUCCUUAACUUUAUUUAUUUAACUUUUUCUGAAUGUUAAAGCAUUGAAGGUCAGACUAAGUUAAUUUUAUGUUCCCCUGGAUCUUUUUUACUUUGGAGUACAUUGACUGAAAUCCAAUCAAUGGGUCUGUUUGAACAGAACUAAACCAUGUGUUUUUGUCACAGCCAUCGUUCUGGUUAUUCUAGAAUAGGGUUUUGUUCAAUAUUUGCCAUCCAGUUGUUUAUUUACAAGUCCCAUCAAGCAUUUCAGGGCUAUUAGCAUAUAAUUAUGUGGAUCUCCAAAAGUUUCCCCAGCUGUUUUGUGGCACCAUGGAUCCUUCUUAUUUUCCACCAACCACUGGCUGGCUGAGAAUGGUUGGAAUGUAAUCCAACUCAGAUGGAUGAGGUUGGUUACUAUGUUCUAAUCUAGGCUAAACUCAGAAUUGAGCUGUGUAACACCUUAAGGACACAUGACGUGUGACAUGUCAUGAUUCCCUUUUAUUCCAGAAGUUUGGUCCUUAAGGGGUUAAACACUGCAAAACAACACAAGUGGAGGCAUUUUUAGAUCCAAUUAUUUGUAAUUUACUGUAGUAGUCCAUUAUCUCAAAACACCAGGAGCAGCAGAGAAAUUUAAAGAGCAAAGACCAGUCAUCCUUAUACUCUCCAGUUUUUGUUUUAAAGGAGCAAUCCAGACAACAACACGUAUUUAAUCAUUUAUUUUGCUUUUAAACCUAGCGUUCCUUUAAAAAUGUUACAGCAUAUGACGUAAUAUUGGCUACAAGCCUUUUACAGCAGAAAGCGAACAAUUGCUUUACAAUUCUCUGAAAUGCUUUCUGUUCCCAUAAAACCUUUCUCAGAAGUGCUAAGAGCAUGAUUGAUCAAGUCACUUCCUGAAUGGAAAGCUGACUGUGUGAACAUGUACAUUAUUAGUUUUUUUUAUUUCUUUAUUUAUAUUUGUAAUGUAUUGUUUUUGCAUAUAAUUCUGAAUGUAUAUUAUAUCGAAGAAUGAGUCGGCUCCGUCCUGCAGUGUCCAUUUAAUUAUACCCAUGACAGAUAAGAGUUUAUGCGCACAGCUGACCAUCAAAACAAAGGAAUACCAUCUGUGAAACCAGACAUUAACACAUCAUUAAAAUGAACAUUCUUUUAUAGAAUAAUGGCUCAUCUCCCUGCGUAUGAUAAUGAGGAUCUAAAAUCCUAUGGCGAUGAAGAUGAAGAGCCUGCUUUGUAAGUCACACAUUUCUGCUUUACUUUUUUUUUAUGUAGAUUUAUCUGUGUCUCUCUCUCUCUCUAAUUUUUUUUUCUUCCACCUCCCCCGUACUCUGCCAAGUAACUACCAUAAAAUACAUGCAAUACACAAUAAAUGCCUAAAUAGAAAAGGCUGAUUGUGAUUGGUUGCCAUGUAUCACAAUGCUGAGUAAUCUAAACGUGUUGGUUUAUUCUAUGGAUAAUAAAACACAGCAUUGAAAAUGAGCUGAUUGGUGAUAUUUUAGAGUGGAAUGGUCUUCCUAAUUACCUAGUCAUUUAUCAAAAGUAUUACUUCCUUUUAGACCAGUUGUCCAAUUCGCAAGGGACAGUAAUCCGUUCCGUUCUUAAUCACUAACUGAUUCAUAGUAAGCGUGUUUCUCUAGUCUUCCAGUCACCUCAGCUAAAGGGGUCACUAAGCCAGCCCUCCCAUGAUGGCAUGUCUGCAGUCAGGGAUUGUAAUUGUUUCCUUAAGGUAGCACUAUAGCAUAUACAUUCUACAAAACAGAAAAGCACUGAAUUCAGAGUCACAUGAUCGAGUUUUACUCGGUUGUCCCUGCGGGGGUGCCUAUAGUCGCUGUCAGGAAGACAUGGUAUAAUCCUGCCGUGGAGGAUUGCAGGGUUAAAUCUACAGUGCCAGUGCACACAGACCAGGUAAAUGAGAUUAAAUGGUGUGGGUGCCUUUAGUGGUCCUUUAAGCUUCAAUGGCUUACAUAACUUAGCAAGGGAGCUAAUAACCAGAUGAUUUCAAAGUCUGUGUAAUCCUUUAUGUGGAUUUGGACAGAUACUCUUGGUAUCAUGAAUGAUGGGAUAAGAUUUGUCUUCAGUGAGACGGAUUUCAAAGGCCAUUUUGUCUAAAUGCAAAUUAGCAUUACAUUACAUAGGUAUAUUCUGUUUACAUUUUAAAAAGGUGUUUUUUUAAGGUUUUUUUUUUUAAUUUAAAUUUUUUUUUUUUUUUAUUGGUUCCCUGUACCACAUCUAUUUUCACAUAUAUAACGUAAUUACUUACAUGCAGGUACCAGUGUAGGGAUUCCUGUAGAACCAAACAAUAAAAAUAAAGUAAUAUACAGUAAUACUUUGCACUAUAGUGCUUUUAAAUUAUAUUCACUGUAUAAGGUUAUAAUAGGAAUGGUGGUAGCAUUGUAUUUAUUAUUUUUACCUUUAUUUUUUUGUCUGACGUUAUUGCACACCCGUCAUAAUAUAUGGUAGUGCAGACCUGUUUUAAUAAAAAUCAUAGCAAAUUGCAUAUAAAAUAAAAAGCAUGCGAUUCGCUUUAAAGCAAUGAGCGUAAUAAGAAUGACUAACUUUAACCCUUAUACAAAACAAAUGUAAUAAAAAAGAUAAUGUCGAGGUGUGUAUUAGAGGGAAUUAAGUCGUUUUUCGCCUCUUUUCUUUUUUUCACAGUCCAUUUUAUCUCUUCGGUUCUCCUUGUGUUUCCAGUUUAUCUUUACAGUUCUCCUUGUCUGGGUUUAUUACUGAUCUAUCUCACUCUCUCAGUGACUCCCUUUUCUUUCUAUGGUUCUCAUGUUGUGUUUCUCCAUAUCUUCGUAUGUUGCUCAGUCUCCCUCUUUAUCUCUCGUACUCCUAUCCUCUUCUUGAGUCUCUUUCUCAGUCCCACCCUUACAGUAGUGUGCAGUGUGUAUGGGAAUACGACAAAGCUAGACAUUGCAUUUCCUCUGGGGUGUCAGCCAGACUUUCCUAGUACCCAUCUGGUGGACAGACCAGACAGGAAUGCGUGGAGUUGGGACGAAGGGCUGCAAGCUUUUUGAUUGUCACACCUGAGUAACAUAAGCCAACCAUCUCUCUAUCUCUCCGCAUUCUACUGAACAGAAUUAUUUGGUCAUAGGGUAACAACAAAAAGCAAGUCGCACGUCUCACCAUGCUCUAUUAAAUGCUCAGACAAAAAACCCUUUUUAUUUUACUUUCUGUGGGACUUUUCUUUGGAGGUGAAAUACUUGUUCGUUUCACCCUGACAAAUUUAUCCUUAAAGUAAGAACAUAUUUAAUUUCUGAAAGAUCCCAAGUGAAAACUGACUCAUGUAUAUGAAACUUGGCAUAAUUGUAAUGGGAAUUUCUUACAUUGCAAUAUUAAAUAGUUGUGUUUAUAUAGCGGGGGGCGGAGGGGAUAGAGAAAGUUAGAGGGAAGUGAAUUUAAUAACCUCAGUACAACAGAUCCUUUAGGUUGAAUUACCCUCAGUGUGUACCUAAUGUAUUCCCCCAAUAUUCCUAUUCCCAAUAUGUUCCAAAUUACUCCACAGAAUGUAUUGGUCAUCCCUCAACAGGUGCCAGACAUUUGUUCCCCUAAUAUCCACCUACAGGAACACACAGAGUCCAUAGAGUUGAUAUGUUUAGCCUUUUAUUUCCAGUCAUUAUAUUUUCUUGCCAGAAAUUCAUUUUGAAACAGAAUGCAGACCUUAAAAUUGAGAACAAAACCAGAACUAGAAUGUUAAUGUAUUACAGAGUUCAGAUUGUUCCAUGACAUUGUUCGUGAAAUCUCUUGCUUCGGUGACUUGUCACCUUGUGCACUUAGUGCUGUCAUUAAUCUUACGCAGUGCCUGCGUCCAAGCUAGAUUUGACGGAGUAACCACUGUAUCAGUCUGCUUUCCACUGCUAACUUUAUCUUUAUCCGUUUAACAUCCUUGUUUGCCUCUAAUGACAUAUCCCUUUGUUAUGUCCUAAUGAUCAUGUCAAAUAUACCUAUGGGUUAAUAUUUCUUUUUUUAUUACUGAGAACUUUUGCAUGUUAUAUGCUGGGAAUUUGCUGUUUACCCGUAGAGGAAUGAAUAAUGUUUGUAUUUGUAAGAUAAUGCAUUCAGAACAUAAAUUCUUACAUAUAUAAAUGAUAUAAAACAGAACAAGACACACAGGGUUAUUCAUUAAAGUGAACACUGACAGAAAUUCAAAGUGAAUUUUAAAUUUAAGGUGAAAAUAGCUGAACUGCUUUCAGUUCAGCUGCUUUGGUCAUAAAGGGACACUAUAGCCACCAGAAAAACUACAGCUUAUUGAAUUUGUUCUGCUGAGUAGAAUCAUUCCCUUCAGGCUUUUUGCGGUGAACACGGUCUUUCCAGAGAAAAUGCAGUGUUUACAUUACAGCCUAUGGGAUUAUUCCACUGGCCACUCCUCAGAUGACUCCUCAGAGGUGCUUUCUGGGGCAGUGAUGCACAGUGUAUAGUGCUGACAUUCAGUGUCUCCACCCUCUGCAUGCAGACACUGAACUUUCCUCAUAGAGAUGCACUGAUUCAAUGAAUAUUUAUGAGGAGAUGCUGAUUGGCCAGGGCUGUGUUUGGCUUGUGCUGGCUCUGCCCCUGAUCUGCCUCUUUGACAGUCUCAGCCAAUACUAUGGUAAAGCGUUGUGAUUGGCUCAGAUAAUCACUUCUGAUGAUGUCAGCCAAGCAGGCAGAUCAGGAACAAAAGUAAGAUUUUACUAUAUUUAGGAGGGCCAGGGGCGUUAGAUCAUGGUUUUAACACUAUAGUGUCAGGAAUGCGUGUUUGUGUUCCUUUAAAUUUGAAAUUCACUUUGAAUUCCCUUUUCUUUCCUGGCAAUCUGUCUUUCUUCUCAUUUUUGUAACUUUUUUCCUUUUUCCUGUCUUAUUAAGCGUGGCACUUUUGUUCAUUCCUUCCAUUGUGGUCACUGUAAAUUCUUUAAUCACUAGUUUGUUGGAAUUAUUGUUGCUUGGUCAUUUUGGGUGUUUGCUUUAGGUCUAUCAGUCUCUAAAGAGGUCAAUUUAAAAAACACCACAUGUAGAUGUUUUGGUUAUGAUUCGGUUUAGGUCUCCUCCUGCCGCACUCAUGUCUGUCCUGGCCGUUUUGGAAGAUUUAGUGGAAAGUAUUCUUCAAGGAAUCCCAGUCGGAGAAUAUGUCAUAAUCCAGCCUCCAAAGGAUGAAUUCUGUCUUGUUCUUGGUUAUCUACUGACUUGGAAAUUAAUACUCACCUUCUUCAAAGCUUCAUCAUCACAAGUAUGUGCUGCAUUAUUAUAGUUAUGUGUGAUACUGUUUAAAUAUUAAGCAAAUAAAGCUCACAUUAUCUUACAGGUUUAUGAAUUGUUUUGAGGUUGCCUGUAUGAGCCAAACCUAUUGCCUUUUUUUUUUUAAUUUUUAUUAUUUUCAUUUUGUUAUUUAUCAAAUUAGCUUUUUUCAGAACAUGUCCACCCUCAACUGAACAUGUUGCUCAGAUAUAUCACAAAAAGAUGCCCUGCAUAUUUUCUGACAUUUACCUCAGUUACCAUUCUGCCGUGAAAUAAUCAUAUAUUACUCCUCUCACCUGCACACUUUCUGAAAUAAUCAUCUGUUAAUACUCUGAUCUGCACACCAGCUGAUACCAUUUAUUACCCCCACCUGUACACAACCUGCAAUCAUCAUCUCUUACCCAUCUUACCAGCACGCUACAUGCAAUCAUCAUCCCUUAUCCCUCUGCCCUGAAAUCAUCAUCUAAAGCGAGGGGAAAAAAAGUAUUUGAUUCCCUGCUGAUUUUGAACGUUUGCCCACUGACAAAGAAAUGAUCAGUCUAUAAUUUUAAUGGUGUGUGUAUUUUAAAGUGAGAGACAGAAUAACAAAAAAAAAUAAUCCAGAAAAACACAUAUCAAAAAAGUUAUACAUUGAUUUGCAUGUCAAUGAGUAAAAUAAGUAUUUGACCCCUUCAAUUUAGUACUUGGUGGCAAAACCCUUGUUGGCAAUCAUAGAGGUCAGAUGUUUCUUGUAGUUAGCCACCAGGUUUACACACAUCUCAGGAGGGAUUUAGUCCCACUCCUCUUUGCAGAUCCUCUCCAAGUCAUUAAGGUUUCGAGGCUGAUGUUUGGCAACUCGAACCUUCUGCUCCCUCCACAGAUUUUCUAUGGGAUUAAGAUCUGGAGACUGGCUAGGCCGCUCCAGGACUAUAAGGUGCUUCUUCUUGAGCCACUCCUUUGUUGCCUUGGCUGUGUGUUUUGGGUCAUUGUCAUGUUGGAAUACCCAUGCACGACCCAUUUUCAGAGCCCUGGGUAGAAGGUUCUCAUCCAAGAUUUGAUGGUACAUGGCCCCGUCCAUCGUCCCUAUGAUUACAUAGUUACAUAGUUACAUAGCUGAAAAGAGACUUCAGAAAUGUUGUUGCUGUUGAUCCAAAAGAAGGCAAAAAACCUGGUCUGAAGCACUUCCAAUUUUGCCACAAACUAGGAAAAAAUUCCUUCUUGACCCCAAAAUAGCAGUCAGAUGUCUCCUUGGAUCAAGCAGCUAUUACCCGGUGCAGUUGUACUGUCCCCUUAGAAGAAAAACACCCCCAAAGCAAGUUUCCACCUCCAUGUUUGACGGUGCGGAUGAUGUUCUUGGGGUCAUAGGUAGCAUUCCUCCUCCAAACACGGCGAGUUGAGUUGAUGCCAAAGAGCCCGAUUUUGGUCUCAUCUGACCACAACACUUUCACCCAGUUCUCAUCUGAAUCAUUAAGUUGUUCAUUGGCAAACUUCAGAUGGGUCUGUAUAUGUGCUUUCUUUAGCAGGGGGACCUUGCGGGCGUUGGAGGAUUUCAGUCCAUCACAGCGUAGUGUGUUACCAAUUGUUUUCUUGGUGACUAUGGUCCCAACUGCCUUAAGAUCCUUAACAAGAUCCUCCUGUAUAGUUCUGGGCUGAUUCCUCACCGUUCUCAUGAUCAUUGAAAGUCCACGAGGUGAGAUCUUACAUGGAGCACCAGACCUAGGGAGACUGACAGUUAUUUUGUGUUUCUACCAUUUGCGAAUAAUAGUACCAACUGUUGUCACCUUCUCACCAAGCUGCUUGGCGAUGGUCUUGUAGCCCAUUCCAGCCUUGUGUAGGUCUACAAUCUUGUCCCUGACAUCCUUGACAACUCUUUGGUCUUUGCCUUGGUGGAGAGUUUGGAAUCUGAUUGCUUCUAUGGACAGGUGUCUUUGAUACAGGUAACAAGCUGAGAUUAGGAGCACUCCUUGCUCCUAAUCUCACCUCGAUACUGUAUAAAAGACACCUGUGAGCCAGAAAUCUUGCUGAUUGAUAGGUGAUCAAAUACUUAUUUCACUCAUUGACAUGAAAAUCAAUGUAUAAUUUUUUUGACAUGCGUUUUUCUGGAUUUUUUUUUUUGUUAUUCAGUCUGUCACUGUUAAAAUACAAAGACCAUUAAAAUUAUAGACUGAUCAUUUCUUUGUCAGUGGGCAAACGUUCAAAAUCAGCAGGGGAUCAAAUACUUUUUUCCUUCACUGUAUAACCCCUCUGCCCCGAAAAAACAUCAUCUAUUACCCCUCUGCCCCGUCAACCACAUAAAAUAGUGUAUCACCACUCUGCCCCGCGCACAACUAAAAAUCGUAUUAUCUUACACCACCUGUGAUCAUUAUCUCUCAACAUUCUCACUGGAUACCUACUUAAAUCAUCAUCUGUUACCUUCCUGCCUCACACAUAUAUGAAAUCAUCAUCUGUUACCCCUCUGCCCGGCACUUAUGCUAAAAUCCUCAUCAGUUACCCCUCUGCUCUGCUCUGCUCUGCUCUGCACACCACAUAAUAUCCUCAUCUAUUACCACUCUGCUCUGCACACCACUUGCCGUCAUCAUCCGUUACUCCUCUACCCCGCACACCAUAUGAAAGGUUCUAUUAUUCUGUUCCUUGCAUGUCUUCUGCAACCAUCAUCUAUUACCCUCUUCCCUGUAUGUCUUGUGAUUUUCUGUGGUGCUUUUCUGCAUUGCACUGUAAGGCAUAGUUUGCUUCUUUUCACCACAAAUAUGACAUUUUUGCAUCCAUGGUAACCCACACUUCAUUCACUUAGGCAUUUCAACCAAUUGUAUUCAACCCAGGUUAAUUUCCUUCUGACAAUAAGUAAUGUAUGCUGUUUUAGAGAAAACCAGUGCUUUGAUCGAUAUUUGUUUUUUUUUCCCCAUCAGCUGCGUGCACUAUACUCCCAGUACCUUCGAAAAACAAAGAACUUAAAUAAACUUUUGUGCAACCUGUUCAAACUAAUGCCUCAUAACCCAGUCCUUCCUGGCCAAGUCUCAGAUGCAACCAACAAAGAGCUGAAAACCUUAUUUACCGAGGAGCUACAUCUAACUGUAAAAGGUAAGUAGCUGUGUCAGAGAAAGCCAAUCCUAAGGUUAGGCUGCUCUCCUAAAUGGCAGAGUUCCUGUUGUUUAUGCAUCAUGCUCAUCAAAUAUCCAGCAUUGCACAGCUCAUUUUUGUUGUCUCAUAGUUUUGGUUUCACUGUGGUUAUGGUUAUUCACCACCAGUGACCAGUAAACUGUGAAUUUACAAGCAUAUUUAGUAAUACAAAAUAAAUAGCCAGUAUAGAUUUAGGUAGUGUAGCUAGGUAGAUAGCAGAGAUAAAUAAUGUGAAUAUAUAUAAAGAGAGCUUUUUGACGCUAGUUUAUCUCCCCUGUUUCUCCUGUUUUGGGUAGUUGUACAAGAUUUGGGAGUGUCCGAUAUAUUCGGUCUGUCUGCUUCUUGUUGCUAAAGAAAUUCUCUGUCAAAACAAAAGCAAUCCAUGUUCACUGUUCACUUUCUGCAGAAUAUUCCUUAUGAGGAUUUGGGUGGAGACCUCGAGCAGCUAAAAAAUUCCUCUUGCAAGAUAAGGAAUCAUCUGGGAUAUGAUUCAUUCCAGGCAACUAUUGCACAUUUGUGAAGCAUCAUCUUGUAUGGAAUUCACAGUUUAUUCCAUUAAACCCGUAUAUCUGCACUUGCCUCCAAAGGCUAUAAAACACAGACCGAAAUACUAAUUCACGCUCGCCUCAUGAGAGCGCUUUGUAUUAGUGGUGUAAUUCAUUGUAUGUAAUACACUUCAGUUUACAGUAAAACCUUUAAUAAAAGAGAUUUCAAACUCUGUAUUCUAAUGAUUCUGAACACGGACUUUUGACAACGCUGUUUGAAUACAGCAUAGUAAAUACUACAAAAUCAAAUCCCAGGGGCUGGAGAGCCAUGUUAAAGCAGGAUAUUUUAGCAUUGUUGUUUUUUGAAUUUUAGUGCAUUGUAACACGAAUGGGCAGCAUUCCAAUUGUGCUACAGUCACAGUUAUGAUUUUCCAACCUAAUGUUUGCUAUUCACAUUUCAUUUUGAUACAAUUUGAAGCUUUUAGUGAAUAAUCUUAUCAAGAAAUAUACUUGUCCGUCCUAAAAUUAAAUAAAAAAUACCCCUUAAUUCUGUCAUCUCUUGAUAUAAAGUGCUUUUCAGUGCAGUAAAAUUGUCAUUGUUAUAUUUGUCAUUCGUUUGCCCUCAGUAAAUGUCCUUCAAGGAAUGUUUUGUUGUGCAUGCCAACUAUGUUUUAUUGCAAUUACUUACAGAAAUGUAUGAGAAAUUGCUGAGUUUGCAGAGUGCAUAGAUGGAUUUGCCCACCCACUGCGCUAGAAUAGCGAUAGCUACUUUGCUGAAAUCUUCAUCUUAAUCCCUUAAGGACCAAACUUCUGGAAUAAAAGGGAAUCGUGACGUGUCACACAUGUCAUGUGUCCUUAAGGGGUUAAAGUGACAUCUAAACAAUUCAUUAUCUAGUGAUUUGGCUAGCACAGUGCAUAAAAGAAAUGAUGUUUUAUAUAUAUAUAUAAAAUAUACUUUCUACAUCACUAAUAUAAAAGAAAAAAAAGAACGACUCUUUUCCAAAACGCUCGUGUUCUCACUUGUCAGUUUGUAAAUUGCAGCAAAUAUCUGUCAACUGUUACUGCAAGUUGGAUUCUCAUUAAAAGAGAUGUGAUCUUGAAAUUUACACCAACAUUUCAAUUUCAUAAAUAUGCUCGUUAUGGUCGUAUGAGCGAAUUGGCAUCAGAAGAUUUAUACAAAGGCAUUUAUGACACAUUCCAUUUUUUGGUGGUAAGGGUUUUUAGGGAUUUGAUUUCAGCUUGUAGAUAUACCCCAUUAUAAAAGGCACAAGGUAAAGAAAUAUGAGAAAAAUGAUGUCGUCGGCUCAAUUUUAAACACAUGGUACCCGUGCUACCAAUAAUUACACAGCAGGUAUGGUGUUUGUAUGAAGGAAUGCUAGAGUACAUUUGAAGUAUUGUCGGAAGGAAAUAGAGAUAAGACAUGACAAAACACGGAAGGAGUAAGGAUGGAAAGGAAUGUGUAAGAGGUAUAAAAACAAACACUAGUGAAUAAAAUCGAGGCAAAAGCACGUUAAAGAUAAAUCCUAAGUGAAUUUAAGUAAAAAGAAAACAAUUUAUAUUUUUUUAGUGCUGGAUUCAAAUGGUCUUGUUCUCAUAUGUUAAUGUUCUUCAUUUAAUAACUCUGAUAUCUCACCCCUGUAAUCCAUUAUUGGUACCUGUAUGAGUGAUUAGUUUUCUCCUGCCCUUUUUUGUUUAUUAUUAUUCCAGGCUUUGCCACACUGCAGUAUGAAAUCCCACACUUGGCAUGCUGUGUUUACCACAUCACUCUAAAAGACCUUCCAGCUAUGGUCAGGCUUUGGUGGAAUAGCCGCGAAAAGAGGAUUUUCAAUGUGGUUGACCAAUUCACAACCAAAUAUGUCAGCGGGGUUCUGUCAUCCCAAGAGAUCACGUCCGUCCAGUCUAGCACUCAGAUUUUCGACGGCAUGACUGUAAGUUUAUUUGUGUGUGGUUCUGUUGUGUUUUUUUUUAAAUGAAUUAUUGUUUGUAAAUUUUAUAAUAUAUUUAAAAGAAAAUAUAUAAUCUCAAUAUUUAUCUGAAGUACAAACUCCAUUACCGAACGGUUAGUCUGCUUACAAUUUGGGAGGGGGGAGGGGGGCACAAGGGCACUCUUGGCACCAUAACCAGUACUGCAUGCUGUAGUGGUUCUGGUCCUUGGAUUAUUCAUUUAAGAUGCCCAGCACUAUAGAAACCCAAGAAAGGGUUUCUAUACUUUUUAAUGCUUGGCGUUGGGGAACCCAAAGCUAGGGACAGGGGCAUAUUAUAGUGUUAGGGAUACAAUUUUGUAUUCCUAACUCUAGUGUCCUCUUAGCAGGAUUCCUUUAAGAGAUAUCAAACGAAGUGUCAACUUUUCUAUUAUUUGCUAAGAUGGAUAUCCAGACUCCCAAGGUGGAUUUCCUAUAAUUUUUUUAUUUGUUUGUCUUGAUGAGUUAAAAAAAUAAUUAGCAUUUAUAAAUUAAAAAAAAAAGUGUAUUUUUCAUUCUCAUUCCUCAGAGCAUGUUUGUUGCUGUACUCCUUGAAGUGUGCCAUUAAUUUGACAUAUGUUUUAUAUUAUUCAGGUAAAAGCUCGUUCUGCCACACGUGAGGUGGUUGCUAACUAUUCCGUUGAUGAUAUCUGUAUCGAACUCAACAUAAAACUUCCAAUAAAUUAUCCCCUGGGAUCUAUUGCGGUAGAAAGUGGACGUCGAGUUGGAGUGUCUGUACAGCAGUGGAGGAAUUGGAUGCUGCAGCUAAAUACAUAUCUCACACACCAGGUGGCUAUAUUAGAGAAAUAAGAAACAUAUGUUACAUCAUAUAACCGAUAGUAUGCUGAUAAAUUAUUUCAUGAUUGAUUGGAUACAAAACUUAUUCUGACUCAGACAUUAUGUUCCAGUCAGGAUCUAAUCAGCCAUUCAUGGUUCUGGGGUUGGUAUUACAUUGGGUAAUAUUUGUAUACAUUUAUCACCUGCUGAUUUGGUUACAAUGCAGGGUUGCGUGUUACAACAAGGUGUGGUGUUUGUUCCCAUUAGAGUAGAGCUCUGACACCUACAGAACGUUUUACUUGCCCUCAGCUGUCUUUUGUUAGUGCCAACAGUUUGCAGUUGGAUCCUGUAUUAAAAAGAAUCUGUGUUCUAUGCUGCCAAAAUGUAUUGGAUUGUCUUGAUAACCAUUGACAGAUGCAUGUUAAUUGGACUUUGAUCACAUUUUUUUAUUGCUAGAUUUUCUUUACUAUACCAUCUAUUAUUUUAUUCCUUCUCCCAAAUAUUCUCAGUAUAGUCAGUAUUUUUUUUUCCCACAAUCUUUCUUUAAUACAGUGUAAGCAUCUCAUCACAACUGAUUACAGCGCAGUGGUAGGGCAUUCUGCUGUUAGUGCAGAUUCACAAUUUGUUCCCCAAUGCUUAUGGUUGGGACAUAUUCCCUAUACCAACAAGACUGUGGGUAGACACAGACCAUAUACAGGGGCAGCUUCAGAACGUAAUUUGGGAGGGGCAAUAUAUAUUUAUUUUUAUGCAAAAUGUUGGUUCUUGAAACAUGAACAAUCCCAGACAAGCUCACUGCACACAUCUCCCUACAGAAAGCUCACUGACACACACAACAAGCUUGCUAUGUACAGCUCACUGAUACACACACACACACAAGACCACACAGCUUACUACAGAAAAACCGCUACACACAGCUCAAUUCACACAAGCUCACUGACACAAGAUAACACAUCUCACUACAGACAGUUUACUAACACGCACAGCUCACUACAGAGUGCUCAUUGAUUCACACAAACAAGCUCAAUACAAAAAGCUCAUUGAUAAAUACAACAUCAAUACACACAAGGUCACUAAUAUACACACAGCGUCACACAGCUCACUACCUACAGCUCACUGACACCACCCACCCCUACGAUCUUACUACAGAAAUCUCACUUACACACACAGUACACCACUGGGGAGGGAGAGAGAGAGACAUCCCCACUACCCUGACUUCUAAGUCACUUACUCCCAACACCCCUAACCCACUACGCAUCUCUUCGGAGUAUGUAAUCAAUACAGGGAUACCAGUGCUGGGUGCGAUUUGAAUCAUUUAUCGAGGGUGAAGGCCUUCCAGGCCUCAACUGCCUCGAUAUCCUCAGCCACUGUUCUUUCGUGGGUAUCUCUGGGCGCAUACAGAGGGGGCAGGUAUUAGUAAUUUUCCUGCAUUGAUUUUUUUGUUUGUUUAUUUCGGUACAUUCUCAUAUUCAAAUAAAGGUGUGAUCCCAAAAUCCCCCAAUCUCCACAUAUCCAGCGUUCCUCUUCUCAUUAAUUCUAAACCCAUCACUUUAUUUAAUCUGACCUUUCUACAUCACUAACAUCUCUGCACCCUUAACUAGCAACGUGAAGUUCCAUAAUGCAACAAUAACCAUAUUGUUGGAGUCCUGUUGGAGUCCUUGAUUAGUGCUUUAUUCUGUGUCUGGUAGAACGGAAGUAUAAUGGAAGGUCUAGCCUUGUGGAAGAACAACGUGGACAAACGAUUUGAAGGUGUCGAAGACUGUAUGAUCUGUUUCUCAGUCAUUCAUGGUUCCAAUUACUCUCUACCAAAGAAAGCCUGCAGGACAUGCAAAAAGAAAUUCCACUCUGAGUGCCUGGUAAGUGACAAGGACAUUCCUCAAUCUGUUCCGGAAAAUGUGUGUUAAUUGGAAACUUAGAACGUGUAAAAGGAGAAUGUUAAGGGAACCUCUUCUUCUUCCAUCCAAAUGUAAUAUAUGAGAUAUUUAAAAAGAAAGAAAAGCUACAUAGUAAGACAAUUGCCAGUAAAUGUUCACUAUCUUCAGAGUGUAAACCCUCGAUGCAUUUUAAAAUGAUUCAUUUGGGGCAGAGGCUGGGCCUGCAGCAGUUAUAUGAAAUGUGCCAAAUCUGGGGUGGCCAUGUACAUGUCCAGAUGUUUUGUCUCAAGCAGACAUGAUAAAGCUGCUUCAGCUGAUAUGUGACAAGCGAAGGAACCCCACAAAUUAGAGAGGAUCUGCAUCAAGAUUAAAUCUUCCAUUUAAAUUAGCCAUGUGUCAGAUUGCCGUUUACAUACAUAUAUAUAUGACAAAGGUUAUGGUGGGGAAAAAAUUGUGAUUGAAAACCCCUUCCACCUAAAGCCUGUGAAUAGUUAAUACAAUGUUAAACAUAAUCUGCACACCAGUCAAGCCAUAAGCUUUUCCCACAGAAAUCACAAAUUUGCAGUGAUGUUACUACCGCAAAGAAUUCUGGGUGGGCGUAUGCAAAUCAGUUUAACAAAGAAGUCUUAUGGCUUGACUGGUGUGCAGACUUUUGUUUAACAUUGUAUUAAAUAUAUAUAUAUGUGUGUGUAUACACACACAUACAAAACAGAAAUGACCGCACUCCAAGGACUUUGUAGGGAUUUUCAAAUAAGAUUUAACUUUUAUUCAAUCCAUUUAAAAAGUCAACGUUUCAGCUCCCACGUGGAGCUUUCAUCAGGACAAAACAUGCCAGACCAGCUUUGGGCACCAGAGGAUUACACCAGGAGUGCAAGCCCUCACUAUAUAUAUAGUGUACUGGAUGUAUAUUUGUGUUAGGGGCCAUAUAAUGAGUAAGUUCCAGGAUAAGUGUCGGAUAGUAUAAAGAGCAAGUCGGUUGUGGUGUGCCAGGACCGACAAUACAGUAGGCCUGUAAAUAAAGAGGGCCCACCAAGGAGUAAGAAAAGAAAAGGAAAACGUGUUGAGAAUGAGGAGUGGUGGGAGGGUCAUUCAAACACUGACCUCGAACUGUAUGGAGCCAGGUAAGGGGUGUUCUUUAAAUAGGUAAGUGUAUAAUCAUAAACCCCUCCCACAAUUACAGGCCAAACGACCUUAAUACUUGUGUUAGGGUCACAUAGCCGUAUAUGGAGUAAGUUCCAGUAUAAAUGUAGGAUAGUAUAAAGAGAAAGCCGUUUGUGGUGUGCCGGGACCGAAGAUGCGGUAGGCCUGUAAAUAAAGACGGCAAAGUGAAUAAUCAAAGAUUUAAUUCAGUCAACAAAUACAUACAAAUUAACCAGACAUUUCCUUAAAUGCAUUUCUUAUCUCUUCUACUGGUUUGGGUAUGUAUCGUGUAUAAGCAGCAGAUUUCCAUCGCCCCAGUGAUUUGAUAAUGUGUACUGGUAUGUUAGCGCUGGAGGCUGUGGAGGCCGCCCCUAUACGGAAGGAGUGACCCGAGUAGGUAGAAGGGUUGCGAUCUAGCCGGGUUAACAGAGAUCUGACAUAUCUCAUGAAUGUAGCAGCGGUAAGCACUGAGCCUUGUAAUACCAAUGAUGGUUGUGAGGUAGGGUUUUGAAGGUAUGAAUCUAGGACCGCAACUGGGCACCAUUUAUUGUGGGUAGGAUAAUACGUUAUUUCUACUGGUGGGGCGUGUUGGCUCGUUUUGGACUGUCGUAGAGCCAAUAUGUAGUGAUCCAUGUGUUUACAUAGGUGGGAUCGUUGAAUACAUCUAUCUGUCUGAGUGGUGGUGAUGGUAGUGAAUUCUCUUGGCCUGAGUAAACUGUAGAAGGCUAUGUACAUGGCCGCUUUAAUUACGGAGUUGGUGGUAGAAUUAAAUGGGUGUAAAUCUAAUAGGUCAGAUAGGGAUUGGAAAAGUUGGUUGUAAAUUGGUAAUCUCUGAGAGGUACAUGGGGGAAUAUAUAACAUCCAAUCUUACUAUGUCAGUGUUCGUGUUUGUCAGCAUUGUCAGGACAUUUAUAUUGUUUGACUUAUUUCCUAUUGUUUGUGUAGACUGAGCCACUAUUAAAUUUCCCAGAAAACUUUAGGAUGAAAAUUAUUACCAGUGGGGGUGAAUACAGAGCGCCCCGAUGACUUAAUUCUCAUUUAUAUUUCAGGAACGAAAAGCAGACCACAGAUCACUGCAUGUAAUCUCUGACCUUGUCUGCUGUGGGUAGCCCAUAAACCCUGCUGCUCAGUCGGGGAUUAUGCUUUACGACAGCAGAUUUAAAUUUAUCACUAUAAUAUAUUGACAAAAGUAGUAUCCCUUUAAUGGCAAUCAAGGUAACAUGCCAGCAAUAUGAAGUUUAAACGUUAAUAUCCGUUUAACUACAUUCCACCAUAUUCCAUGUAAUGUUUAGGAUCCUUACUUUCAGUACAGUACGUGCAGUUCUACAUUGCAGGAACCCGAAUGACAUUUGUAGGAAGUCAGUCUGAAGUUUAAACGAUAGCAGGUGUUUAACCUCUGGUUCCACUUAGCACACUUUACUUGAAUGGCUGAACUUUGGAACGUUCAAGAUUGGACACUGCCUUUGGAACCUUUUCAAUGUUGUUGUUGUUUUGUUUCUGUCUCUGGAUAUUCAACGUGAUUUUGAAAAGCAUUUUCUCCUUUUUAACAAGUUCUAAGGUUUCUUUGUCCAUUUGUAUUUAAAAGACAAGUGCCAUAUUAACAAGAGAAAUCAGGAAGUCGGUCGGUGUUUUGAAACAAACAGGAGUCAUUUAUUAGAAGAUGAUAUGGUUUCUUUAUGUAGAGCUUAGUAUUUCAUCUUUAUUGUUCAUAGUGAUAGAAAGUAUAUUAAUAAAAACAUGUUUGUUUUUGACUUGGUUCAUCAGUGUCUGCUGAUACCCGGCCUCUGGGUCAACUGCUAUUCUCUGGGCAAAAGGGAUGGGGGCUUGUGGCUUACUAUGGCUAUUUUAUUGGUGAACAGACCCUUUUUGUCAAGCUUUCCAGAUUCUCUGUACAAAUAUUAAUUGAAAAUAUUUAUAAAUAAUAGAUUGUUUAACAUAUAUGUUAUAUCUAUGUAUUCCCAUUGCAUUAAAUAUUGUUAGACACGUUUACCAUGCUAAUUAAAUACCCCUGGUAGAAGUGCUUACUGCAUCAUACAUUGGUACUUGAAAAAUGCAGAUUUGUUUAAAAAAAGUAUAUGCUUUCUACUUUGUCACUAUCUAUUGGCCCCUGAAUAACUAAAUUCUCAACCAGUUUUCUUAUCCAGAGUGCUGAAUUACUCUGUUUAUAUUUUACUAUAAAGACUUUUCAGAGCGGCUGUCACUGUGAAUGAUUUUGUAUUAAAGCUAUUUGAAAAGGAGUAAUUUUGUAAGCGGUGUAUUCCAUCCCUGGCAGUAUUCCACUUAUAUAUCACUUUUCAUCCAACUCCCUCUUGUGUGCAGAUAAGACAACCUUUAAUAGAGAGGAAAAUUCUUUAGGUCUGAGAUUAGAUUUAUGCCAUCCAUUAGGUGGUAUUAAAGAAAUAAUAACAUUUAGACUAUUUUUCAUGUGCUGAACAUGUUUAAAUACUUAGCAGAGCGUAAUGUUCAUAUAGCCAGUCUCUUCUCCUGAAACUUGCGUAGGUCCACCAGCUUUAACUAUCUUAAAGGAACACUAUAGGAUGUGGAACACAAACAUGUAUAUAGUGUUAAAACCACCAUCUAGCCCUUCUUGAUCCCUCUUGCCUUCUUAAAGAGUUAAAUCUUACUUGUAUUUAAGUCUGCAGCUGCUGGUUCUGCCCCUGUUUGCCUCUGACCUGCCUCCUGUCUACUGACAUCAUCAGAAGUGGUGGUCUGAGCCAAUCACAAUGCUUCCCCAUAGGAUUGGCUGAGACUGCCAAGGAGGAAGAGCCAGCACAAGUCAAGCACAGCCCUGGCUAAUCAGCAUCCUCAUGGAUGAAAGUUUAGUGUCUGCAUGCAGAGGGUGGAGACACUGAAUGACAGUGCUGCUCACUGUGUAGCACUGCCCCAGGAAGCAUCUCUAGCAGUCAUCUGAGUGGCCACCAGUGGAGGUAUCCCUAGGCUGCAAUGUAAACACUGCAUUUUCUCUGAAAAGACAGUGUUUACAGCAAAAAGCCUGAAGGGAAUGAUUAUACUCACCAGAACAAAUACAAUAAGUUAUAGUUCUGGUGACUAUAGUGUCCCUUUAAGUUGCCAUUUUGAUUUUACUUCAGUGAAAUUUUGCCAUGUGCUUCAAUUUCGUGCUCUAUCUUUCCACUCAUCUGUCAUAUACACAUGCUGUCCUGUAGUGUUGCCUCAUGACCCAGCUCCCUCUGAGAGCAAUCCAUUAGAUUAUAAUAAAGCAACUUUUACUGUUUGCUACCAGCUAUGCCCACCAGAACAAAUGUUAGGUGACGUGGCUUUAAUCAGCCUCAUUGUUAGACUUCUGCUUAGGUUUGACAUUAUUACAGCUGUCUCCAGCCAUUUUACAUAAUUUGGUACUUUAUAGAUGUUUGCAACAGCCAGAAUACUCUGGUGUAACCUCCAGAUUAAAUAUGUAAACACAGAUGAAGUGGCCUGGGUGCAGUGUUUUUAACCUUGCGAUGUAAAACACUGCAGCUUUAUAGAAACUGUGAUGUUUAUAUUUCAAGGUUAAAUGCAUCUCUAGUGGCUGUACUCCUGACAGCCCACAGAGGCACUUGGUCCUGGAAUAAAAUGCUGCUGUCGGGCCGUGCUGCUGUAUGUCCAAUCCAUUGAUUUGGCGUUAAUGGCGGAUGGCGUCAGCUGGCAUGUUGAUGUCUCCGAAAAGCAGAGCGGGCGGCUGUAGUGGAGGAGUCCUGGAGUUGGAAGCAAUGUAAGUAAUCGUUAGCCUUUAUUUAUAGAAGUGGAAAUCACAUUGCUAGAAGGGAUCCUAUAGUCCCCCCAAAAAACAUAUCUUUGGGACUAUAGGUUCCCUUUAGCAAAUACAUUAUAUAAUUCAAUUUUAUACACAUAUCAUGAGUUGGGGACAGUGAUAUGUCAUGCCUGUGCUCUUGUAUAAUAUCAGUUUAACAAUACGAUAUGCUGAAUAGGAAUAGAUAUAUAUAUAUAUAUAGAUGUAUAUCUUUAGCUUGUAGUAAAUUGUAUUCAUUAUAUUAGCAGUAUUACAGUAAAGCUUUCAUUUUGUUUUGUGUUUUUCAGUACAAAUGGUUCACGUCCAGCAACAAGUCUACGUGCCCGCUUUGCAGAGAAACCUUUUUUUAAAAAGUACCAGUUAUUAGGAUUUUAUCAAGAUAUGGUGUAAAGGACAGAUUCUGCAAGGAAGUCACACUUCUUACAAUAAAAUGUUCUACUGUGUUUCACUAUUGUUACAGAAAAUCUUUACUUCCAUUUCAGCAAUAAGACAAUCCCUGCUGAACACAAAGAAAUGUAAAUUUAUAAUUAAAGUAUAAUUUAUGCUCCAUU